GACAAAGUAGGGACUACUUUUCCUACAUUUAAGAAAGCUUGACAGAAAGAUGAAGUUACCACUUUCAAGCUUUGUCAAGCACUAGUGAUGACUGAGGGAAAGACCCUCUGUCUAUAGAGGUUCCUGUGGCAUUAGUCGAAGAAGAUCCCAUGGAAGAAGAUAACAGUUGCCGUGAGGGACAGGUUCGGGUAAGUAAACUCACAUUUCCCUGCACCCUGCAGCCACCUUACUGCAAGUGUCAAAGUCACCAUCUGUGGUCUUUGCAAAAUAUGCAAAGACCCCAGGUGGUGACAAAGUGGGUUUAAAUACACCUCUAGUGGCUGUGCCCUGUGCGUUCCCCUACCGCCGGUCAUCUGGUGAUUGCUUCUCCCAGGCCGGUUUGCCCUAGGCAGCCGUGCAGCACCCCACUUGGAAAUGUCCUGGUAUCCCAGUGGGCAAGUUCGGUAACUCUUUCUCCUCUUCAGCCCCUCUGUGUGUCUCUUUCUCCUCAUACACAGCCCCUCUGUGUGUAUCUUUCUCUCCCCAAAUCCCUCUAUGUGUCUCUCUCUAUCCCCCCCAGCCCCUCUGUGUGGCUCCUUCUCUUCCCAAGCCCCUCUGUGUGUCUAUGUCUCCCCCAGUCCUUUCUGUGUCUCUUUCUCCAAGCUCCUCUGUGUGUCUCUCCCUCAGAACUCCUCCAUGUGUCUCAUUUCCCAAUAUCCCCUCCAUGUGUCUCAGUUCCCACCCAGCCAUUCCAUUUGUCUCAUUUCCCCCCAGCCCCUCCAUGUGUCUCAUUCCCUCACGCUCCUGUGCCUGCUAACUUCCAUGUAGUGUGGCCAAGCAGACAUCAGUAGAGGAUCUUCUGUAUCUUCUAACCCACUUUUCCCUAACCUCUUUUCACUUGAGUACCCCUUGGCAGCCCAUUUCCAUAAAUUGUGCCUUCAUAUUAGAGAAAUGUUUGUAAUUCAUUUAGUUGCUGUUAUUUCAAAUGUAUACAUGUUUUUCUUUGCUCUAUCUCCCCCUCUUCUCUGUCCUAGGCUUUCCCUGCUUCUCCUCUGCCCCAGGCUCUCCCUGAUUUUCCUUUGCCCCAGUCUCCCCCUGCUUCUCCCCUGCCCCAGGCUCUCCCUGCUUCUCCUCUGCCCCAGGCUCUCCCUGCUUCUCCCCUGCUCCAGGCUAAAACAAACACUGACACAUGUACAGUUACACAUACACACUGAUAAACUUACUGAUACACAUGCAGAUACACAGAUACACACAGGGCUGUAUUUACCACAAGGCAAACAAGGCAUUUGUGGAUAAGCACCACUUAGUGUGAAAAUUAGGUUUAGAUGGUAAUCCCCUUAGUAUACACACGGUGCAAUAGUGUAGCGCUAGAAAAAAGGCUUACCCAUACAAUAUGGGACGUUUCUCAUAUGUAGCCGAAAAAGACAAAUACAUAGAGAAAUACUUGAUAGUACAAUACUGUUAUAAACAACUGGUAUACACACUGAAAGAGAAAUAUAUGCUCACAAAUCAAGAGCCUUUUAGACGCUAUGGCUCUGAACGUAUGUGCUUGAUGUGCCUUUAAGGUAGCAACAGUAACCUUCUUGUUUGUCCCCAUUGUAAGUCCGAGUAGAGUGGGUGUACAUGGAAGACAAACAAGCAGCAGAAGAUAGUGCAGAUGGUAAUGAACUUCUAGGAUUCCAACUUUAAAAGUGAAAUAAAAGUUGCUCACCUGAUUCUGGAGCCUAUAAGUGACUGGCUCCAAGUUUGUGCACUUACUUGUCAAUAUGAGGAGUGGCAAGGGACCCCCUUUAAAUAUGGAUCAGCAGAUACAAUCACUGACACACAUACAGAUACACUGAUACAAACACUGACACAUACAGAUACAGACACAUAGAUACAAUCACUGACACACUUGUAGAUACACACAUGUGGCUCUCUCUGUGCAAUUUGGAAGUAAGUGACCAGUUGCCACUUCAUCCCAGAUGGAUAUUCACCAGGUGACUCACUACCUGAGCGGUGCAAGUGAACCAAUGCCAUUACCAAUAUUUUUCGAGUACCACGGGGCAGACCAACGUGUACCACUGGUUGGCAAUCCCUACUCCGGUAUGACAGGAAGUUGUUUGUUGCACUCAGCACUUCCUUUCAGAUUGGGUAGAGGAUACAGAAGAUUCUCUACCGUGGUUUGCUUGGCCAUGCUACAUUCAGUGACUGGCCGGUCACCUGGCAAUUGCUCCACUUGGGCCAGUCCCACCCUGAUUGUAUUGUUGUCUCCUCAUUGUCCUUGGUUCUGUGGUAAAUAGUAAUGUCAUUAUGUGUAACUCUGUGUUGAAUGGGUGCUACCGUCUUAAUAUGUCACCAACCACCACUGCAUACCUCCCAAAUGUUCCUAUUUAGCAGUCACAGUUCCGAUGUUGGGCCUUAAUCCCUCUAUUCCAGGGAACCACAGCAAUAAUACUCACAGUAAUGUGUCUUUAAAGGGUUAUCCAAAGCACCAUGACAACUUACACUGUGCUUGCAGUACAACUCCACCUCCAGCAACAUCUAAAUGUCUCAGAACAACCAUGCUCCAGGAUACACUCCUAAGAUUAAUGGGAUUCUCUAGUGCCAAGAAAACAAACCUGUUUUCCUGGCACUGUAAAUCCUGGAGUGUCCCCCUCCCUCCCGCUUCCCAUCCGAUAUUGCUGAAGGGGUUAAAACCCCUUCAGUCACUUACCUGAAUCCAGCGCCGAUGUCCCUCGGUGCUGGGUCAGGCUCCUCCCACGCCGCCCACUGGCGGGGAGACGUAAUGCGCAUGUGCUGCAAUGGCCACGCUCGCAUUAGGAUCUCCCGUUAUAGGGAUCUCCCCUAUGGGGAUUCCAGCGACGCAUAACGUCGUCUAAGAAGCCGGAAGUCCCUCUAGUGGCUGCCUGGUAGACAGUUUAUAAAAACUGCAAUAAUUACACUUGCAGGGUUAAGGAUGAAGGGAGUUGGCACCCAGACCACUUCAAUGGGCUGAAGGGGUCUGGGUGCCUACAGUGUCCCUGUAAAGUGUCCCAUUUGAAAAAUUGGGAGUUAUGAUAGUGCCGGGCUCCCUCGGACUCUCCUCCCUCUUCCACCAAAUUAACACUAUUGUAAACAUAGCAGUUUCUCUGAAACUGCUAUGUUAACAGCAGGCAGGGUUAACCCUAGAUGGACCUGGCACCCAGACCACUUCAUUGAGCUGAAGUGGUCUGGGUGCCUAUAGUGGUCCUUUAAUGAUGCAUUGCUUUUUAUAUGUCUUAACCAGUGUUCCUCAAUUGGUGUUCUGUGGAACCCUAGGGUUCCAUGAGAACAAAAUUGGGUUGCCACAGUGAUUUGCCCAUGUACUUUGGGCCAGUCGACGGGCAUUGCUGCACAGGGACCCGAUAAGCGCUGCGGCCGAUUAAUGGCGCGACCGGGUCCCCAUAUUAUGGGAUGCUAGGAGGAAGUGACGGACGGUCACUUCCUCCCAUCUUCAUAUAGAAAACGUUGUGCAGGAGGGAGAGAGGCAGCAGCUCCCCCCACACACACCAGCCUCAGCCAGCAAGUCACCCUCCUGCAGACAACAGGUAUGCUAACAUGAGGGUGACUGCAUAUAUAUAUAUAUAAAAUGACAUGUGUGUAUGUGUCACUGUGUGUGUAUGUGCCACUGUGUAUCUGUGUGUAUCUUUCAGUGUGUGUGUGUGUGUGUGUGUAUUAAGGUGUGUGCCAGUGUAUGUGCCUGUGUGUAUCUGAAUGUGUGUAUCUGUGUGUCAGUGCAGGUUGUGUAUCUGUUUGUACAUGCCAGUGUCUAUCUGUGUGUCAGUGUGUUUCUGAGUUUCAGUGUGUGUAUAUUUUAGUCUAUCUGUGUUGGUAUGCAUGCAUCUGUGUGUUAAGGUGUGUGUGUAUUUGCCAGUGUGUGUGUGUACGUGUCAGUGUGUGCCACUAUCUGUAUCUGUGUUACAGAAAUGUUUCCAUUGAUGUUUACCAAUUCAGAAAUAUUUACACUUUUUGAACCAAAAUUUAUGAGUUCUUAUAAUGGAGAUUUUCCAAGAUAAUAUAAUUUGAUGAUCAAUAGGCACAGACCAAAGUGUCCACAUAUACUUCCAACCAUUCACUUGCCUUGACCCUGUCAGAAUACUAGAUACAGAUAAAUACCACUUUAAAUAUUUGAUUAUAGAAAAUGUAUAAACGUGUCAGAUAUUCUGCAAGGGAUCUAUAACUCAUUCCCAAGGCUCUUCUCCUUUAACCUUUCAUCUACUUCCUCUUCCUUCUCUCCUCCCCACAGUGCCACUCCUCACUUACUCUCCUUUUUGUCGCCGGUAGGCCAAUGGUUGCCUAGCAACAAGCUUAAAGUGAGGAAAACCCAGUCUGGGUGAAUGUGGCGUUCACGGGCUGUGCUAUAGAGAGAGGCGGGGUGAGUGGCACGUCUGCACACAUAGGUAUUGUCAGUCUUAUGAAGAAGUCUGCAGUCGAUGUGUAUGUAAAGGAGAGAAGGUCAUCUGGCGAGAGUACGUCUAGACUGCAGUGUGCAGGCUGGAGCCCAGCAAAUACAGAGGUAGGUGUUCUGUGCUCCAAAGUUCUGCUUUCGAACUCACAGAACCCUGCAAAUAACUAGCUCUUUAAUUCUGUGCCCCAGCCAUCAGUAUUCUAGGGGCUCUGACUAGUGAGGUAGUAUAUCCAGUGCCUGGCUGACAGACAGCCAGCUAACGGGAGAUAAACUUUGCUUAGUACUCUGAAAAUUGAGUAUGUUCCUAGUUAGAUUAUGUGGAAUAAAGUGAUUUAGGAAGGUUAUUGUUAUCACACCAUCAUCCCUGUACUAUUUACUAAAAAUAGCAAUGAUGAUGAGGUUUAUAAUUUUUGUUGCCACAAUACAAUGUGCAUUGCUGUUGCACACUAUAAUGUGCAACAUUGUUUUUGAGGCUUAAUUAUAAAAGUUUAAAUUCAGUUUGUAUCCCAUCAUUACCUUUAUAACAGGAUUGGCUUAAAAAGGUCAGCCACAUCCUGAUUGUACCUUACAGGAAAUCCUGGGCAUCGACUGAUAAAAGAGACGUUUUAAUCCUUGUUUUUGUUUACUCCAUUUAAGAAUGGGUAGUAAAUCUACCCAAAUGUGUACCUUUAAAAUGUAUGUGAAUUUAGGUAUUACCAGUUGAUACCAGUAUGUUAGAGCCAUAUUAACAAAUACAAUUUUUUUUUUAAAACAAAAAAGACAAAAUGUAAAGCUAUAUUAUAAUUUAUCAUGAAUCAGACGUCUCUAAUUCAUUGCAGUUUAAAAUAAGUUUGCAUAUGCUUUGGUUGCAAUAUAUUUUAUUUAUCCCAUGUUUUGUUUGCUUAUAAUCAUGACCCUAGAAAAGCACAUAUAUGUGUGACGUUCCAUAGGUGUGACUUGAUCAGUUUAAGAAACAAAGUUCAAUAGUGUUAAAAGCAAAUGCAUGGGUGUCUUGCUAAUAAGAAUGUUAGCCAUUUGACAGACUUGAAUAAAAUGUAAACACAUAAAAAUGUUUUGCCUAAGAAAUGUGGUCAGAGCAGAGCUUUGAUUUAUAAAUAUACAUUAAAAAAAAUGCAUUUGUUAAAAAUAAAUUUAAUAUAUAUUUUUUUAAUGGCCUCUAGCCAGAUAGAGAGAUUGAGAUAUAUAUAUAUAUAUAUAUAUAUAUAUAUAUAUAUAUAUAUCUCUAUAUAUAUAUAUAUAUAUAUAUAUAUAUCUCUAUCCACCUAACACAGUAUAUUGAUAUCAAAGAUCUGAUAUGAAGUAAGGUCACCCUGUGCUUCAUCAUGCAAGUCCUGAACUGUAUGUGUUCAUAUAAUGUUAUAGAUGUGGACAUUUAUGUACCCCAUGACUUCCCAUAAAAUGUUCACUUAUUGUUUUAUACCUGUUGAUUGGGGGAGGCCAUAAAAGAACUGUCAUUAUUAUCCUGGUGUGCAUUAUGCCUGUCUGAAUUUGAUUAGCAAAAAGCUUAAGAAAACUGUGAUGGACCAAUAGUUUUGAAAUGGCCUCUGUUCCUUUGUCAAUUUACAAACAUAGUGAAAAAUCAUAGAACCAAAUGACACACAAUUGAUUUAAUUUUUUUUUUUUUUUUUUUUUAUAAUUGGUCUACAUGUAGUUUUUAAAUGGCAGCCCUGUUGUAAAUUCACAUUGUAUUCAGUUUUUGUUGAAACUGUGACUGUCACAACGCUGCUGAUUCAGUUCUGUGAUAAGCUUUGGCAUUGUGUUUUUGUUUAAUUUACCAACGUUGGCAAACAUCCAUCUACAUCAGUAAAUGCAUAUUGACUUGCAACCACUCUUCCUCUUUGCCAGUGCAGUUCGUCCUUUAGCCAAAAUUUUUAAACUGUAUUCCCUGACGUAUUACAUAUUAUAGCAGCAUUUGAAUACUGACUUUGUGUGUUCUUGUCUGUUUCCUCAUGCUUUGCGUUUCACACAUCAAAGUGCUAAUUGUCAGCCCUUGUUGAUUGCUGACAGAUACUGCUAGUCACCUUUGCAGUUGUCUUUGUAAAUGUAUUGGUCAUUUUACAUUAUUUCAGCUAUUUUGUCCAUCCCUUUAUAUAUUUAAUGAUUUUGUCAGUUAGGGUUAUCACUUACAAUUAAUCUGGUCAUGUUGUAUUGUACACCACAACCUUGACAACUAUUUUCUUUAGUUAUGUAGACAAAUCCUAGUUUUGUAUUUUCCCUGUAUUAAAAAAAUGAUAUUGUCACACAUCUUGGAGACCCAGCAAGUGCACAGGUAAUUGUAUGCACAAUCAGUUAUAUAUGUCAAGCAUGUUAUGUUUGUUUGUUUUCUUUCUUAGAUUGUUAGUUCUUCAGUAUAUUAUGGGAGGGAAAUCAUGUAAAAUAGAAAUGAACAGGCAUUUUAGAUCAAUCUAUUACAAUAGUGCUUAAUUAUUAAAUGAGAAGUUAGUAAACUCUAAAGUCUAUGAUUUUGUGUUGCUUCAAUAACAGUGUGAUAUAAGCAUGUGAUAUACAAUUUUUCAAACCGGUUACAGUAGAUGAAACACAGGGCUAACAUUUGCUAGUUUGCAAAGGCUCUUUGCUCUUCACAGUGGUUGCAUGUGUUAAUGAAAGCAAUGCACACAGGAGUGUUAAUGAACAGGUGUGACAAGUCUUUCAGGGUUAUUUGCUAAAGUUAGACUUGUUGGGAAUUCAGAGUGAAUAUAAAAUUUCAGGCCAAAAUGGCUGAAUUGGACACAUUUUCCAAGUCGGCUAUGCUGGUUUUAAAUGUGAAAUUCACUAUACCAUAGUGAAUAAUCUUACAUAUGUAAGUCUGAUAAAGGUUACCUGUUGCUCGGAGUAUAUUUUUCUAUAGUAGAAUUAAAAGUAGUAGUUACUGUUUUCUUUUUCAUGUAGUCUAUUCAUCAAUCCGUUAAGGACGAAGGCAAUUGUCCAACCAAAACAAAACCUAGAAUUUGUGUUGUCAAUAUUAUUUUACUAAAGUGAGACUUCAGAGUGAAUUUGUUCCACCGUAAUUUAACCCCUUAAGGACCAAACUUAUGAAAUAAAAGGGAAUCAUGACAUGUCACACAUGUCAUGUGUCCUUAAGGGGUUAAGUGGAAUAAAAUGUUAAAAAUGGGUCGGGAUGCAAAAGAAAAAUAAUUUUCUCACAAUUUUGCAGAUAAUAAUUUUAACAGAUGAAGUGCAACUCCAAAAUAAAUUUGCGUAUUAUUCCUGAUUGCUAAAUGCCUCACAUGUUUAGGGUUUAAAUUAAUUUGUGGUAGGUAUCGCUAAUCCUAUAACAAUUCUUACCCUAAAUUUACACUUAACCUUAGCCCUACACUAACCCUAAUCCAUCGUUAACCCUUACCCUACUACACUAACCAUAACUCAGAGGGAUUUCUUAUGCUGAUUUCAGCAAAGGAAUGUCACAGCUCACCGAGUACAGAGCAUUCGGUGAGUGCCCUCUACUAAGUGAUUGCAGCAUGAAUGGGAGAGCUCCCUCUCAUGGUGCAGCUCUGGCAUGCUGUGCAGGCCGAUCACAUAGAACUUGGUGCUUGGGAAACUGGCUGAUCACAGUCGGCAGGGGGCAUUUAGGGAGAAUCUGGUGGUCUCCCUCCGACUGUGCUCACUGCGGCUGAGCACAUUGCUGAGCUAUAUGGAUUUAAAGGUCUGUACACCUUAUCGGUCAGUCUGGGGCCAUUAAAUAUGGUCUUUUUUUAAGUUUACAACAAGUGCAGAUUUCAAUAGAAAUUUGCACAUUUAUAAUGUAACCUGUUUAUACCCAACUGUAUUUUAUUUAUUUAUUUUUUUUUUAAAUUACAAACGGUCUGUUACUUCCUGGUUGGUUAUUUCAGUGCAGCUGAACUCAAGAGGCAGUCAUUGCCCAGAACACCUUGCAAAGACUUCUCAUUGAGCUAUGGGCAGCCACAGAAAGGGUUAAGAAAUAAGGGGGGAUUAUAAAGGCUUCAGACUAGAGCUGCAGCUUUUGCCAGCUGUUUUUAGAAAUAACCCCAAUGACAAACCCCAAUGACAAACUGCAGAAAUAACCCCAAUGACAUCUAUGCAAUGCAUGCAUGUCUUCAUAAGGGGUAUAUGUACAGUGAUAGGUUGUUGGGGUUUUUUGGUGUGGGGGUGGGGUGGCAGUGGAAUGUCUCUUUAUUCUGUAAAGACUUUUGUUAGAUUUUAGAUUGAUCCAAUUAGAUUGUUCUACUGUGUAGGAAUUAAAAAAUAAAACUUUGUUUUGCUAAUACAGUUACAUUUAACAAACAAAUCUUGUUUCAGAUGUUCUACGACAAGCAUGUCAAACUCAAAGGCUAGCAAGGGCAUAUCUACUAAAUCCCAGUCCCCCCCCAUGUCUACUAAAUCCUAGCCCCCCCCCCUGUACUAUAUCCCAGUCAUAGGUAAUGUAGUUUAAAAUGAAAUCUUUAAUCUACUUACUAGUAUGUGUAUGUGCGCUUUUGACUCCUGAAACACGUAAUUUAGAACCACGGUCUGUUCUGUUUGUAGACACCCCUUUUCCCUCUUUUUGUCACUUUUUUUUUUUGAUGCAACAAAACAUUUUCAAAAGUGCCAGCCCUCUCCUGGUUAUGAAGCUUAGGCAGAAUACAUUUCAGCCCUGCAAAGGGUAAUGGGAAUCUCAAUAAUGAAAAUGUGUUUUAUAGCUUAAAGGAAUACUAUAGUGCCAGGAAUACAAAGCUGUAUUCCUGGCACUAUUGCUCCCCCUCCUUUGCACCCUCCCCCACCCGCCCAACCUGGGUAGAUAAAGGGUUAAAUACCCUUUGUUUACUUACCUUAUCCCAAUGCAGAUGUACAUCGGUGCUGGGUCGAUGCUCCAUCCCCUCCGACGGCCUGCAACAAGCGGGUGCUAAUGUGCAUGCACGGCAAAUGCCGCACGCAUUAGACCUCCCCAUAGGAAAGCUUUGAUUCAAUGCUUUCCUAUGGGGAAAAAAUCUGACACUGGAUGUCCUCAUGCACAGCGUGAGGACGUCCAGCAUCAGAUACCGGACCAAAGGGCCGUUUCAGUUCAGGAAGCCAAGGCUGAUUUAGAGCUGAAGUUUCUCCGGAACUGCAAUGUUUAAUAUUGCAGCAAUAGGGACACUAUACCCAGACCACUUCAAUGAGCUGCACUGUCCUGGGUGCCUACAGUUAUUGGAAUUUGUUAAGAAUUAGUUCAUAAGUAAAGCUAAAACCUGAAAAUAUAUAUAUACAUAUACACACACACACACACACACACACACACACACACACACACACACGGAGUGCAGAAUUAUUAAAAAACAACAAUAUAUGUGAACACAACCCCAGUGAAAAUAAUAUAAUAUGAAAGCAAACUAAGACUUCCCUUAUCUCUAAGGUGAAGUAUCCAGAUGAAUCCCCGAAGACUUCCUCCUGUCUUCAAUAGAUAUACACAGAAAAAUAGGGGACAAUCUGCUAAAUACAAAUAAAACAAAAAAACAUAGCAUAUAACUGUGUGGAGACUGGUAUUGAUGUGCAAUCACAAAUGGUCACUCACAAUUUUGAGGAGUUAAAAAAGCCUUGAAUGGUGUCUUUAUGGAGUUAAAGCAGCUUUAAAUUGUAUUUUUCCGUAUCCAGUAUGUUGUUCCUCCUCACAUAUUCAUCAGCAAAUAGGUAUAUAUGUCUCAAAGAGAGAAAAUGUACAAAAAUGUAGUGCACUUCCAGAAUAUAAUAAAAAGUAUUUUAAUGACUUACAUUCAAGAAUAAAACAAGCAGCAUGUCACCAUAAACGAAUUAUUAGGCAAGUUGUAUUUUUAAGGAUUAAUUUUAUUAUUGAACAACAACCAUGUUCUCAAUGAACCCAAAAAACUCAUUAAUAUCAAAGCUGAAUAUUUGUGGAAGUAGUUUUUAGUUUGUUUUUAGUUAUAGCUAUGUUAGGGGGAUAUCUGUGUGUGCAGGUGACUAUUACUGUGCAUAAUUAUUAGGCAACUUAACAAAAAACAAAUAUAUACCCAUUUCAAUUAUUUAUUAUUACCAGUGAAACCAAUAUAACAUCUCAACAUUCACAAAUAUACAUUUCUGACAUUCAAAAACAAAACAAAAACAAAUCAGUGACCAAUAUAGCCACCUUUCUUUGCAAGGACACUCAAAAGCCUGCCAUCCAUGGAUUCUGUCAGUGUUUUGAUCUGUUCACCAUCAACAUUGCGUGCAGCAGCAACCACAGCCUCCCAGACACUGUUCAGAGAGGUGUACUGUUUUCCCUCCUUGUAAAUCUCACAUUUGAUGAUGGACCACAGGUUCUCAAUGGGGUUCAGAUCAGGUGAACAAGGAGGCCAUGUCAUUAGAUUUUCUUCUUUUAUACCCUUUCUUGCCAGCCACGCUGUGGAGUACUUGGACGCGUGUGAUGGAGCAUUGUCCUGCAUGAAAAUCAUGUUUUUCUUGAAGGAUGCAGACUUCUUCCUGUACCACUGCUUGAAGAAGGUGUCUUCCAGGAACUGGCAGUAGGACUGGGAGUUGAGCUUGACUCCAUCCUCAACCCGAAAAGGCCCCACAAGCUCAUCUUUGAUGAUACCAGCCCAAACCAGUACUCCACCUCCACCUUGCUGGCGUCUGAGUCGGACUGGAGCUCUCUGCCCUUUACCAAUCCAGCCACGGGCCCAUCCAUCUGGCCCAUCAAGACUCACUCUCAUUUCAUCAGUCCAUAAAACCUUAGAAAAAUCAAUCUUGAGAUAUUUCUUGGCCCAGUCUUGACAUUUCAGCUUGUGUGUCUUGUUCAGUGGUGGUCGUCUUUCAGCCUUUCUUACCUUGGCCAUGUCUCUGAGUAUUGCACACCUUGUGCUUUUGGGCACUCCAGUGAUGUUGCAGCUCUGAAAUAUGGCCAAACUGGUGGCAAGUGGCAUCGUGGCAGCUGCACGCUUGACUUUUCUCAGUUCAUGGGCAGUUAUUUUGCGCCUUGGUUUUUCCACACGCUUCUUGCAACCCUGUUGACUAUUUUGAAUGAAACGCUUGAUUGUUCGAUGAUCACGCUUCAGAAGCUUUGCAAUUUUAAGAGUGCUGCAUCCCUCUGCAAGAUAUCUCACUAUUUUUGACUUUUCUGAGCCUGUCAAGUCCUUCUUUUGACCCAUUUUGCCAAAGGAAAGGAAGUUGCCUAAUAAUUAUGCACACCUGAUAUAGGGUGUUGAUGUCAUUAGACCACACCCCUUCUCAUUACAGAGAUGCACAUCACCUAAUAUGCUUAAUUGGUAGUAGGCUUUCGAGCCUAUACAGCUUGGAGUAAGACAACAUGCAUAAAGAGGAUGAUGUGGUCAAAAUACUCAUUUGCCUAAUAAUUCUGCGCUCCCUGUAUAGACUGAGUGACGUCCUGAGGUUUGUAGUUCAAAAGCUACAGCCACUACUGUCUUUUAUUUUUGGUGAUUGCAAAAUGGAAUGGACUCUUUGAGGCAGUUGAUGUGAAAAGUAAUACAGUAGCAAGCAAGGAUGGGACUUUGUUCCUUCGUUGUGUAGUAGUAGAUAUCACUAUUAUGUGUUACUAGUGUGUUCAAAAUGAAGAGAGAUUUCAGUUGUGACAAAUACCUGUAAGACCUGUUCUAGUGCACUUGUCUUUUGUUAGCGUUAAAGAGAAAAGAAAGAGGACAUAAUUACCCUUCUUUAAUAAUAACCCUCCAUUACCCAGCUUAAUGUAGUUGUUCUGGUGAGUAUAAUCAGUCCCUGCAGAAUUUCUGCAGUAAACACGGUCUUUUUAGUGAAAAUACAGUGUUUACAAGCCUAGGGAUACCUCCACUGCCACGCCUCAGAUAGCUGCUAGAGGUGCUUCCUGGGGCAGUGCUGCCACUUUGCAGUAGUCAUUCAGUGUCUCCAACCUCUGCAUGGAGACACUGAACCUUCCUCAUAGAGAUGCAUUUAUUCACUGACUCCUUGGCUGAGAUCAUCAGAAUUGACAGUCUUAGCCAAUGCAAUGGUUUCCUAUGGGAAAGCAUUGUGAUUGACUGAGAUCACUUACAUAGAAACAUCUGAUGUCAGCCAAGGAGGCAGAUCAGGGGCAGAACUAGUCAACUUGAAUAACAGUAAGAUUUUACUAUAUUUAGGAAGGGGGGCUAGAUGGUGGUUUAAACACUAUACAUGUUUGUGUUCCUGACCUUAUGGUUUGCCAUUAAUCUAAAUCAGUAUAGCCAAUAGUCAAUCAAUCAUGCUAGCAAACUAUAAAAUAUUAUUUUCUAAAUGCAAGAGACAAGUAAUCUUAUGUUAAUUUAAUGGACGUUUUAAAGCCACCGUUUGGAGAGGGGAGCGGGGUUCUUUUUGGGUUCCUGAAAGUAUCAGAAAUAGAGGCUCUCAGGUGGUCAGGGAGGAUGCUUCUAGAGAGUAGACUACAAUACUGGCCUGUAUGUGUUUGCACCACCUUGCCUGGAGAAGGUUCCUAUAAGGAGGUGAUGGGUGACCCCUCAAAUUUGUAUUACAAGAUAUAAGAAAUUUACAAAGAUCUUGAAGGUGAUCUUGCUGAAAAUCAACCCCCUGCAGUAACAUUUUUUUUAUUAUUUAGUUUCAUUUUAGAUACAGAUCAUUUUGGUGUAAUGUAACAUAAUAAGAGAGACUUAAAUGGAUCCUAUAGGCAUCCAGACCACUUCAAUUCAUUGAAGUAGUCUGGGUGCAGUGCCCCUUCAUGUUUAACCCCGCACUGUAAAACAUUCUGAGAAACUGCAAUAAUUACAUUGCAGUGUAAACUCCACCUUUUAGUUGCUGUCUGCCAGGUCUUAUUAUGUCCUUAAGGGCUUAAGUAUGUGUGACAUUGCAUAUAGAUAGUUAGUUAUUAUUCUAGAAUAAAUAAAUGGACAUUCCAAUCCAUAAUCACCUGUGUUACUUGGAUAUGUCAUGGUUCUGGGAGAUCCUAAUCUCUUCUAAAUCAGUUUGAGACAUAAUUGCCCCAUUUAUAAGCAUGUCUUCAGAUAACUAAUGUAAGGGGAGAGGGGGUUAAAAUUCCUCCUGCUUGUAUAGCUUCUUAGCAGGGCUGUCUUUAACAUUAAAUGCAUUUGCUUGGGCCCCCUGGAUCCUGCCUCCCCCUCACACUUCCACCCCCUGGCAUGCAAUAAUGCCAUCCACGCCAACACAGUGGCAGAACUAAUGUAGAGAGGGCUCUGGUGCAAGAAAGUUUUUGGGCCUCCCCUCUAGCGCAAGAGUGGAGAAAAGAUCCUCAUCUGUCGUACAACUCCCAAAAUGCUAUGCCAGCUGGGGAUCUACAAUUUGGCCAUUCUUGCGGGGCUGUAUUUGAGAGCAGUGUUUGUGCAUUUGAAUGUGAGCAUGUUUUUGUAUACAGUAUGAUGUGUGCAUGUAGGGUGUAGUAUUGUUGUUUGAUUGAAGGGGAGUAUUUAUAUAUACUUUUUGAGUUUGAAUCCAGGUGAGUGUUUGCAUGUAAUGUUUGAUUGCUGGGAUGUAUGUACAUACAUCCUAUACAUUCACAGAUAUACAUACACAUUAGCACGCAGAUACACACAAACACACUGAUAUAUGAACACACCUGGACACAUGCGCACACACUGACACAAAAACACUGGCGUAUACACAAACACUAGCACAUACACAUAAAUACACACACACUCAGAUACACACACUUUGGUACACACAGAUAUAAAAACACUGGCACAUUUACACACAGAGAUACACACUUACACAGAUAUGUACACACAGACACACAGGUACACAUGCAGGGGUGUAUUUGUGUGCAGUGUUGGCAUAGGAAUGCUGGUAUGUAUGCAUUGCAACACACAGAUACACACUUACACAAACACUGAGAUACACGCAGGAUCACAGAUACACAUGCAGUGGUGUAUGAGUGCAAUGUUAUCGUUGGACUGUAGUAGUGUUUUUGUGUGUGGCACUGGAAUGAUAGGAUUUAUGCAUUGUCACAUGCAUAGAUACACACUUACGCACACUGACACACAUAUACACACACAGGUACACAGACAUAAAGGUACACAUACAAACUGACACACAAGUACACAUAUACAGACACAGGUAUACAUACGCACAGGUACACAUGCACUGACACAAACACAGCCAGAUACACAUAUACUGUCAGAUACACACUGUGACGGACUGCCUGGCACCCUGACCAGGUACCUCCGUCAAUCGCUGCUUCCUAGUACUUGCGAGCACCAUAAACACAGUACUGGAACACCAUCACCACCGUAAACCCCACGAACCGCCGCAGCUUGGUUGAGAUCUCGCUGUCCUCCACCCACCCUGAACUCGACCAGAAUCCAGCUUCCAGUGGGUAGACCUCUCCUAGUCCAGAGAGCGUUGCAGGAACAGCUCCUAUAAGAGCUAGUGAUUAUACUCAGUAUUGUGAUAAAGCAAUCCCCAGAGUGAAUGUAGUUCUCCAAUCCCCCAAACAUGAGCCAAGUCUUCAUGAAGAGGUAAAAUGAAUCUCUGUUUAAUGGGAGCCACACUUGGCCUUAUGACAAUCCCCAUACAAGGGGUACGCCCACAUGGACCUUGUGGGGAACUGCAGCACCAAGUUACAGACCAAUAACAACAAUGGUUAAAUGCAUGACACUCCCAAAUACAAACACACAAUCCCUCCCCUUUGCCUGGGAGCUAAUUGGAUCAGGAACACCCCAAAAGUACCUUAAAACACACAAAGUCCCCACAAAACAAAAGUUACAUCCCCUGAUAGCCCUGAUCUGGGAUACCUACAUAUCCAAAAAUCACCCAGAUCAGUUCAGGGGUUCAGAAAUUUCCUGGAAGUCUUAUUUUUGACCGACCGUGCACAUGGUCCUAUGCUCAAAACUGUUCCAGGGAAUCAGGGCUAACGGUCGGUCUCUCUGUCUGGAGUACAAACGUACAUAACUCACAUGAACAGAGCCUUUUCAAGUGCUUUGGGCAAGGUAUAUUGCAGGGCCAGCAGGUCCCUCCAAAAAAACGUGACGAGGUUCAGAUCACACACUGACACAAGCUCAGCCUGAUACACACUCAUAGUCAGAUACAUACACACCCAGAUACACACAUACAGUCACAUACAGUCAGAUACAUACAAUGACACAAACACAGCCAGAUGCACACACUGACAAAAACACAGCUAGGUACACACUCAUAGUCAGAUACACACACACACACACACACACACACACACACACACACACAGCCAGAUACAUGCACUGACACAAACACAGCCAGAUACACAUACUGACACAAACACAGCCAGAUACACAUACUGACACAAACACAGCCAGAUACACAGCCAGAUACAAACUCUGACACACACAGCCAGAUACACAUACUGACACAAACACAGCCAGAUACACAGCCAGAUACAAACUCUGACACACACAGCCAGAUACACACUGACUCAGAAACAGGUACACAACAUGUAACUAUCAAUUUACAUAGUUGGGGCUGGAUGGCUGAGUUUGAUGGGAGUCUGAGUAACCUGCUUUCUCAGUCCCUCUCCUCCUCCUUGGUGUGUGUCUCCUCCUCCCCAGCAACACUCCCUUACUAGGGAGGAAGAGAUCUCCCCUCACUCCCCUCCCCCAGCAGGCAGGAAGACAGCUGAAUCAGUUAUCCCACAUAAGCAUAAAUACAAGUACUGUAUCUUUAGCCUGUUCUAGUUGGCAAAUCCACUGUAAUUAUGUCUCUAAUUUCACUGUUUAUGAGUACAUAAAGUUAUGAGUUCUAGGGUAUGUUUUAUAACUUUUACUGUUCACGUUCUAUCUUUCUCCGUUUUUUAUGAGCUGUCCUUUUAUUUACUGAUUCUUGAGCCUACUAACCAUAUUGUUAAAUGUAAUAUUUAGCAUCUUUUAUGACUAUUUCCGGGUUUCUGUGUACUCGCUUAUUGAGGCGUGUUUUUGUUUGCCCAGAGGCUAUACAGCCCCACAGUUCCCACUAAUUUAUAAAGAAUAUACACCAAUUAACAACCCCUUUACUGAGCACUUGUUGAUUGAAAAAAUUGUAGUAAAACAUUUAUUUGAAGUAAGGGAUGCAUAGCUAGCAUAUACAUUUACCAUGACACAGCAAUUUUGUGUAUAGAUUGUUUUCGGACAAUCAUAAAAAUGUAAAUUAUCUAAAUUUACACAACUUUUAUUUUUCACUUGUCUGCUGCCGCUAUUUUUUGGCUGCACUGUUCCCUGGUUCUGGCGACCUGUAGGUAAAGAGCUGGCCUGUGAGCUGCAAGUGUCUUUGUAAAGUUAGUAGUUGAAGGAAGCGCAGGCAGAUGGGUUGAUACCUGCCUAGAAGAAAGACGGGUGGAAGGGCCAAUACAUGCCUAAAAGUGGUUGGCAUUGACAAAUCUUAAUGCCUGGAGAGAAAAAAAGAAAUUACAAAAAAAAUAAAAAUAAGUGUGUGUGUGUGUGUGUGUGUGUGUAUAUUAUAGAAUUGCAAGUGAUGGUCCGCACUCCAUAAUACUUGCUUUUCCCACAGAAAUUUCACUUUGACAGUGCUCUUACUACUCAUUCUGGAUAGAUGUAUGCAAAUGAGCUAAAAAAAAAAAAUUGCCUCAGAAUUCCACUUUAUACAUGGAUUCCUUGGAGUAUGUGUAUUCUGCAUACAACAGCUUUGAAACACAACUCAGGAAGAGGAGCAAAGCCAGUGAAUCACUCAUUGACAGCUGUUUCAUUGUUAAUGCAACUCAUCAGCAUGAGGUUGGUUACUGGCUUGCAAUGGAGGCUUGGUGUUACUUGUAAAGUAGAUACCAACAGCGUUGUGGUGGGUAAUAAAGUGUGGAUGAAAACCCCUUCCACCUGAAGUAAGUGGAUAGUUAACACAAAGGGUAAACACAAAUACACAAAUCAGUCAAGCCAUAAUAGAUAUAAACAGAGCCUUGUGUCACAGUCUGACCCUCAUAGUCUCACAUUGGUAUCACAGUUGUACCCUUAAUCCUACUUGUUUAUAUAUUGUUGCUAAAGUUAAUCUUCAACCUUUCCAGCUGUCAAUUUUGAUUAUUGUGUAUAAGCUACACACUGUAUGGCAACCUCCUAUUUUGUUUUGUAAUGAAUGGAUAUAUGCUUUCUUCUUCAUUUACUCAAACUGUAUUGAAACCUCCAAAAUUACAAAUAAAGAAUGUUUAUUGAAGUGGUCUGGGCGCUGUGGUCCUGUCCUUUUAACCCUGCAAUGUAAAUCAUUGUAGUUUUUUAGAAACUGUCAUCUUUACCUUGCAGGGUUAAAUCCGCCUCCAGUUGCUGUCUUUCUGAUAUUCUGAUAUAGCCAAAUAUCGGUAGUGCCACAAUAAACUACACUCACAGCAAAUAUAUUCACUUUGAAAACAGUGACCUGCAUCACCAGGCAAAGUCAUAUUACGUCAUCCUGGGAAAACGUCCAACUUUUAUAAAGACUCAGCCAGCUGAGUCAUUGUUAGAUUAGGCCCACAAAUAUUUCUCAGGCGUUACUUUCUUUAUUUUCCCUAUGUCAUUAUAUAAUUCCCAAAUUGAAAAGAAAUCUGAUUCUUUAUUUUGUUUAAAGUGCACCUUGUAUCUCUUGAUAGUUUUUCUCUCUACAUGGCUGCAAUCCAGAGGCAGAUAGCCAAACACUUUAAGUUCAUCCAUGUGUAGUCACAGAUUAAUUCUACCCAAUAAUUCAUUCCCCUUUCAACCUUUCUAGUACAACACAGAAUUCCACAAAUAUGAACUCCCUUUUGCCUUCUGUUUAUAAUCAUUUAUAUAUUUUCUCCUCUGUCCCCUAAGCCCAUGAACCCCCAAGGAUCCUCUCAUAAGCAUUUUAUUCCACUCACUUAUUCCACUUCAGUAAGUAGAUCCCUACAGAACACAUAUUGUAUCAUUCUUGCAACUUCUUGGUUUGAGAUAUAUAUAUAUAUAUAUAUAUAUAUAUAUAUAUAUAUAUAUAUAUAUAUAUAUAUAUAUAUAUAUAUAUAUAUAUAUAUAUAUAUAUAUAUAUAUAUAUAUAUAUAUUUUGCAGUUUUCCACACAAACUGUCCCUGAUUAGCCUUUCCAGCAGUGUAUGUAUUGAGCGCAAGAACUGUGAUCAAAGACUGACAGUUAUUCACUAAUGUGACAAUUCUCUGAGCUGACUUAUAGAAUGUUUCAAGUUUGGUUCUUCUUUCUUUCUCCUUCCUUCUCCCUCCUUUCUUUCGUUUUCCUUUCUUUCCCUCCUUUCUUUCGUUUUCCUUUCCUCCUUUCUUUCUUUUUCCUUCCCCUGCUCAAACAAGCUUACAUUCUAGAGGUAGUGGGGUAAAGUGGCACAAGAGGUAAUGAUAAAAUAUAUUUCAUGUUUGGGAAAAGUAGGUUGCUAGAAUAGUGUUCAACAAAGGCUUAGUUUUUUUGGAUGACACAGUUGCAGGAGAGAAAGCAGGGUGGGUUACAAAGGUGCCAGAAAGGAAAGAUAUUAACAGUUUAAUUGAUAUGCUUUUCUGAAGAAAUUAGUUUUCAAUUAUUUUUUUUGAAGGAGUGGAGGUCGAGUGAGAGCCUAACAGAGCGGAGAAGGAAGUUCCAUAGAAAUGGUGCAGCCCUAGAAAAGAUGGGCAUCAGAAAUGGGAGUACGAACUUUCCCCGCCACAUUCAUUAUAGACUGUAAUAGGACAAGCUGGGAACACAUAAGUCAAUAGUUGAGGCGAAAGAGGAUAGCUGCAUGCACCAGCGUUAAAGAGGGUCACUUCUGUCAGGAGUACAGUGGCUGCAGUGACAUCAUAGUGUGGCAACGGUGACAUCAUAUUCCAGCUCCCAGCAUCACAGCAGAGUGCGCAAAAGAGCACUGAAGAACUGGAAGAAGAUCAGUGCCUCAUCACCACUCCUCUCUCUCCCCUAGGUAUAUUUUGGCAGAGAAAGCACUUGCCAUCCAGGUAAGCAGGUGCCUACUCUGCCUUCGUGAAUAAGCAUCUGAUUCGGGGUGGCUUAACUUCUGGGUCCCUGUGACAGACCAUAGGCCUCUUGGCCAUUGACCUCUUGACACCCCACUCCCAUUUCUGCAGCCAGGGCAGCCACACAGCUGACCCACUUGGUAGUUACGCUACUGGUUGGGCAUGAUUAUAUCACAAAGGACCUGCCUGACAGCACAGGCAGUCGCUCUGCAGCCAAUCCAACUGAGCUGAGUAGGGGGAAAACCAACAGAGUGGUUUCAGAGAAGAGGAAGAGAUAGAGAAAGAAGCAGCUCGGAUAGACAGAAGGAGAACCAGAUAGACAGAGAUUACAGAGCAUGAAAAGAAGUUGUUGAUCAACAUUGUCGAAAGCAACAGACAGGUCAAGGAGAAUUAGGAGAGCGUAGUAACCACUAGAUUUUGCAGCAAUUAAAUCAUUGAAUACUUUGGCCAGAGCUGUGUCAACAGAGUGACGAGUGUGGAAUCCAAAUUGAAGCGGGUCAAGCAGAGCGUAAAAGGGGAAGAGAGUUAAAGCAGAGACAAACGGUCGUAGUGACAUAGGGCGGUGGUUAGAUAAGGAGUUACUUUCAGGGUUAUUCACUACAUUGAGAAUUAUUAGGAAUUAAAAAUAUAAAUUUAAAAUUUAAGGCCAAAGUAACCAAAUUGAAAGCAUAACUGACGUGAAAAAUAUUUCCUGUUUGACCAUUGAUCUUGAAUUCACAGAUUUAGUAAAGGACUCAUUUUCCUGGCUCUAAAGGGUCUUUAGGUCCCACCCUCAGGGUCCCACUCCCGCCGGGCUGAAGGGGGAGGAAGGGGUUAAACGUGUGCGCAUUCAACCAGUCCAUAAGAAAGCAUUUCUCAAUGCUUUCCUAUGGAAGUCAGCGUCUUCUCACUGUGAAAAUCACAGUGAGAUUUGAGGAAGCGCCGCUAGUGGCUGUCAGUGAGACAGACACUAGAGGCUGGAUUAACCCUAGUGUAAACUUAGCAGUUUCUCUGAAACUGCUUUGUUUACAGCUGCAGGGUUAACUCUAGAUGGACCUGGCACCCAGACCACUUAAUUGAUCUGAAGUGGUCUGGGUGCCUAUAAUGGUCCUUUAAUUGAUUUCCCAGCAAUUCUCACUUUAGUGCUAUUUCCUGUCCUAUUGUGCUUCACACCCCACCUCCUAUAGACUGUAAGCUUGUUUGAGAAGGGUCCUCUUCAACCUAUCGUUCCUGUAAGUUUUCUUGUAAUUGUCAUAUUUAUAGUUAAAUUCCCCCUCGUAUAAUAUUGUAAAGCGCUAUGGAAUCUGUUGGCUCUAUAUAAACGACAAUAAUUAUAAUAAUAACUCUGUAACCGUCCAUUUCCCUAUUUGUCAUACUGUGUAGAGACCCACUAAUUUAAAGAGGCGUGAUCACACCUCCGCCACUCUGUUUAUUAUUUCAUAAAGAUAUACUGAGACAAAAUAGGGACCGCUAUGUCUCUGUAUACUUCAUAUGCCUGACACUUCUUGACACUGGGCCGCGCUACCGCCAUCAAGAAAUGUUAAUCUCCAGGCCGUGACCGCUGCAGAGAUAUUGGCUGUAUCUAUGAUGAAUACCUCGGUCUUACAAAAUCCUCCAUAGACCUCAAUGCUGUACUCUUCGCAUACGCGAGAAUAUAGCAGUACAACUGUAACAACGACCACUGCCAGGAGCAGAAGAGGACUGUCAGGAAGAAAAUUGCGGCACCCACUGGAGACAAAUUCAGUGACCGUGCCACUUUAAUGAAUAGGCUUUGGCAGCACUUGACAUUUCUAAACAUCAGAAGGCAAAAUGUUUUGUUUUUCUUUUCUGUGCCCAUAAAUAUUUUUGGAAUAAUAUAUCUGCUAACGAGAUUAGACAAAAUCCUUUGGGUAAAACAUGAACAUGAACCACUAGAUGUUCUGGCAUGGAAAGGGUUAAUUUUGUUAAACUCAUGUGAAAAGCACUGUCAGAAACCGGUACAUCAGCACAUGCUCUGUGUUCUCACAAGGUACCAAUAGUUAUUUUUUACCUUGAUAGUGUCCAUGUGGAUUCUGGAUUACAUAAGUGUUGGGUGGCAGAUCAGGAUUUGAUACAAAGUGUAAAUUUUGCCAAUAUCAUUCCAAGAUGGGACUGUGAACUGUAUAUUACUAUCGAUACUAUUUGUAGUAUCGUAAUUAGGAAAGUGAUACAAAUAAUCAGCAUUUCACUUUUUUGGUUUAGUAGCUACUGGACAAAUGUGGUGGUGAUGAUGGCACAGACAUAAUGACUAUAAUGACCUCACAGAUUGUAGCCAGAUUCCAAAAGAGAAGAAGGGUUUCAGACUUGGAAAUGACAGGUACCUACUAAGACACUCUGGGCACCAUAACAACAUAAUAAAAAUUAAGCCGUUUUGUGGAGGUGGUCCCGUGUGCCAUCUUACUUUAAGAGUUUAAAUUAAACUGUUAAUAGGAAGUAGGUGCCCCCACACACCUACUUAUGAAGGUCCAAUGCUUUAAUCGGGAAACCUUAAACUGCUGAUAGGUUUAAAGUGAUGGUGGUUUCAUUAAGAAACAAUUGAACCGCUUAAGGUAAGACGGCACCUGGGACAUCCAUGCACCAUAACAACUUAAUUGAGAGGAAGUUUUUUAAUGCUUAGAAUUUCCCUUUAAGUAUAAUUGUAAACAAGCAAACUGAAAUAUAAUGAUAGAAAAUGGUUGCAGUAAUAUAAAAAAACUGGCAAGCGUAGACAUUCCAACAAUUAAAGGCACACUCCAAAAACCACACCAGUACAGUACCAUGUAGUGGUUAUGGUUCUAGGAGUGGCCAGCAACCUCCAAGGAUAAGUAGUCAAACCAUUUACGAACGGUUUGACAACUUAUCUGAGAUCUGCUGGGUGCUGGUCACAGCUUCCAUGAGCUUUGGUUAGCUCCCCUAAGCAAAGCCCUGCAGUGCCAGACCAGAUAAUUGUCUGAGAGUGUCAAGGUUAACUCCGAGCAGGAUCUUUCAGCUCUUCUGUAGGAAAUGACUUGCGCCCAGCAGACCCCAGGUAAGUUGUCAUACCAUUCGCAAAUUGUUUGACUACUUACCCUGGAACACUAGGGCACUCAUUGUACCAGAACCUCACAAGCACAUUAUAGUAGUUAUGGUGCUUGAAAGGUCUCUUUAAUUACAUAUUCAUUUGCACUGGCUAAAAAAGCAAAGUGUCCUCAAUGUUUGACCCAUAUAAGGUUGAUAACGCAUGGGUAUUGAUAAUUAUACCUUGGGAGAUUGUGUUAUUGUUGUGUGGUAGUUUGCUAACAGUGAAGGUUAAAUCCACUAUGGAUAAAUCUUCUGUAUGUGCUUCAACAGAAUGUUUGUUUAUAUGUAUCCUGUUAGCAAAACACUGCUACUCCCAGAUGUAAUUGUUGAUGAAUCUUAAAGGUACCCAAUUCAUUUUGUUCCCUGUGCAGCUGCCACCUUCCUAUGUUUACUUCUCUUGGGGACUUGACAUCGCCCUGCAUUACCAGUAGAACAUUUCUGUGUAUUAUGUGAAUAUCUUAAAUAUGCUGCUUUUUUUUUCAGUAAAGAAAAAUAAGCAGGUUUAUUUUAUGUUUACAUACUAAAAUUGGUUUUAUCAUCAGAAAUAUUGCUGUAUGGUUUUUCUACUUUAAAACGGCUUAUGUCAUGUGUUAAUCUUUAAACUGGUUUAUAUUUUUUUUUAUUUUUAUAAAUACAAACGUUUUUUAGUUAACAUGUAUUUCCUUUGAGACCUUGUGCUGUCUGGUCAGUUUUCUGAGGACCCUGGGAAGUGCUGUUUAAAGUAGCUGGCCAAAAUCAGUUUAGACAUCAUUGGCCUGCUGUGAUAUUCAUUGGAACAUAAAAAAAAAUAAAAUUAAAACAAGAACAAAAAAGUGCACAAUAGAUUUGUUUUCAGUUAGGAUUUCAUACUGUCUAUCUAUAUAAUAGUUACUGACAUUUUUAUUUUGUUUGUAAACGUGAAUUCUGUUUUAAAAUGAAAUCAUGUCACCUAACUGGAUCCUGUUUCAUGCUGAUGGUAUAAACCUCUAAGGAAUGUGGCAUUACAGGUUUCUUUUUAUAACAUAGAAUUGGAAAGGUUUGGUUGCAUUCAUGUUCCAUUUUUAGAGUAUCCUUUUACAGUUCAAGUUGGGAGCUUCUUAAAAAAAAAAAAAAUAAGUGAUAUGGGCGAGUAAAUCGGUCUGUGAAGAAUGGAUUGUGCUUUUUUUUUUUUUUUUUUUAAUUGUCACAUUAUUAAAUUAUGGUUGGAUCCAACCACUCUGCCACAUAUUAUAUAUCCGGGGUACCCAAAAGGUAGAUCACUAGAUGUUGUAGAACUAUAGCUCCCAUGAUGCUUUGCAUGCCUUCAGAAUGACAACGCAUCAUGGAAAUAUCUGGGGAUCUACCUUUUGGAUGGCCCUGUUAUAUAUGAUAUUCCCUGACUUAAUUGGAAUUUAUAUCACAGCAUAGCUAUGGGCUUUAUCCACUAAAGAGCAGAUUGGAAAAUAAUAAUCCAACUCCACUAUAGUUAUAGCUUGGCUAUUUUAUUCUAAAUUUGUAUUUAUUCUACAUUUUGCAAAUCAUUUAGUUAAUAAUCAUAUUUAUGUCCUUCUAGAAGCUUUCUCUAUUACGCUCCGUCCUUGAAGAUGACUUCAUAUACUAGGACUGCACCAAGUUUAUAGGGCCGAGGCAAGAAUUUUUGGCCACACGGGCACCCUCUCGUAAAACCCUUUUGCUAACUUUUAGCGUUUUGUUUUUUUUUUAACAUUUUACCCACUUUUCACAUCUUUAUUCCCUUUUUUGUCGUUGUUACUCCUGCUUUUGUGUCUUUAUCCACCUCUUGUGGUGGUCAUUUUUCUUAUCUCCACUUUUUAAUGUCUUACCCCACUUUAAUGUAUGUUAUCCCUGUGACGGAACGCUGGCACUCCGACUGAGUACCUCCACCAAUUGAUGCUCCUAGUGCUUGCUGAGGACUCCAAGCACUCCAACCGACACCAUCAGCACUGCAGACCCCACUUCCAGCGAUGCAACUGCGCCGGGGUCUCUGCUGUUUCCACCCACCCUGGACCCAAGGCCAGGAUCCAGCUUCCAGUGGGUGAACCUCUCUUUCCCCAGAGAGCAGGAACAGGAACAAAUCAAGCUAUUGCAAGAGCUUCCUCUGGGGAGUAAGUGAUUAUAGCAAUCCCCAGAGUGUAGGUAUCCCUUCCCCCAAACAUGAGCCAAGGCUUAAUGCUGGAACAAGACUGAUUUACUGGCACACAGAACUCACAAUUUAUGCAACACAAAACUCCUCCUCUGGGCCAGGCUAGAUAAUUGAGUUUCUACAAUACACAAAGCUCAAUUAUCUGCUGGCCAUAAAUAAUACAGUUUCAUAAAACACACAGGGACCCCAAAACAUGCAAUAACCCCAUAUCCUUGGAACCGGGGGAUCUGGGUGAACCACAUAUCCCAAAUUCACCCAGAUCCGUUCAGUACUUUGGAAAAUACAGUUUAAUGCAGAUUCUGCAGAACCUAUACAGGCAAAAUAAAAAACAAUCACUGUAUAAUGUGUCCCUUGCUGUAUAGUCCAAAACCACCGCACGAUGUCUCUGUGCACCAAAUACUGGCGAGAUGGCACCGUGUUGAAAAGUCCAAACAGUGUCUGUGAGUUAAAAUGGCCGCCAUCCAUUGUUCUCACCAUGUGCUUCUGAUACAGGAAAUGGUGGCCACCCAGUAACUCCACAGUAUGUCCCCAGAUGGUUCUUAAAGGGCCAGCAGCAGCACAACACAAAUCCAUUAUGCCCAAAUCAUGUCUUUAAAGGGCAAUACAAACCAGGGGCCAUAAUCACAGGGCAAGAGGCGGGCAAGCAGUCCUCUCCAGGCACAAGUGGCGAAGGGCACUUCGUCACAAUCCCCAUUUUUUUUUUUUCCCCUGUUGAGCCUCUUAACCACUUUUUUUUUUUUUUUUUUUUUUUUUUUGUCUUCUAACCCCAGCUAUGUAUUAUACUCUUCCCCUUUGUGUCCCUUAAAUCCACUUGUCUUUUAACCAUUUUGGUGUGUCUUUCCAUUCCCCAUGCCUCUUACUCCCCCGUUGUGUUUUCCCCCUCCAUCUCUUUUGUGUCUCUCUCUCACUUUGUCUGUAGCAUGACCUCACGGACCGUGCUAGAGGGUCUUUUACUUUCUCUACCAGGUCGGACCGGAAGCUGCUUGCUGCUCAUUCCCCAUCUCCUCCAGCACGCUGCGAACUGGCACACCUGGUAGAUGCUAAAAAAUAUCCUCUACCUCAGUCCAUGUAGUUGUGCUGCAGAAACUGACAGGUGGGUGGGGAUCUUUGUGCAUCCUUAUCCCACCUAUCACCUGGAAAUUGUGCUCCUGCAUAACUUUAUGGUAGCACCAGGUGCAUGCUUACCUUCAGUGUUAAACUCACCAUGUCCUGGGAAGUCAGUUUAACCGAUUGGGGAGACAAUGGGCUAAGAGGCAUUGGCAAAUUGGAGUCUGCAUACAGUCUGUACCAAUACUAAUCUCAUCAUAUCAAAGAAUAAGUAAUUAGAAGUUGAAGGACUUGUGUUUUUUUCCCCCCUAUUAUUUGAUAAAAGUUCCCAUUUAAUAUGGGAACUAUGUGUAUGUAUAGUUUUUGGUAUGUACUGCACAGUAAUAGUGAGUUCUUUGUACAAUGGCUCUAUAUGUGUGAUAGAAUUACUCGCAAAGACCAACACAAAUCUCUACGGCAGGGCUUGACAAAUACCAGGUUGCCAUGGUGACUAGGAAUUUUGUCCUGGUGCCUGGGAUUUGUCAGCGCAUUCAGGGGUGAGGGAGAGUGGAGCCGGGCAGCGAGAGAGUUGAAAUCUUCUAGCGUUUCUUGCUCUGCUCCCACACAAGCCCUGCUGUGGUGCCGAAAUAUGACAUCACUCCAGCCCUGGCAUCACUAAAAGGCGCGCAAGGGUGCAGAGCAAGAAGAGCUUGAAGAUUUCAGCAGCCACACUGGAUCUCAGGGAAAGGAUCAACAACCGCUCUCCCAAAGGUAGGGCGGCUGGGUGGACUUAAAUAAAAAUUAUUAAAGGACCACUCUAGGCACCCAGACCACUUCAGCUUAAUGAAGUGGUCUGGGUGCCAGGUCCAGCUAGGGUUAACCCAUUUUUUUUUUUUAUAAAUGGGUUAAUCCAGCCCUCAAAUCCUCUAGUGGCUGUCUCGUUGUGAAAAUCAGUGAGAACACGCAAGCGUCCAUAGGAAAGCAUUAUGAAUGCUUUCCUAUGAGACAGGCUGAAUGCACGCGCAGCUCUUGCCGCGCGUGUGAUUCAGCCGAAAGGGAGGAGAGGGGGAGGAUCAGAGGCGGAGAGCUCCCCGCCCGGCGCUGGAAAAAGGUAAGUUUUAACCCCUUUCCUCUCCCCAGAGCCGGGGAGAAGUGUUUUCCUGGCACUAUAGUGGUCCUUUAAUUUAUGAGUGUGUGAGAGAAUUUGUGUGAGUGUGUGUCUGUCAGCAUAUGUGUGUGUGUGUGCCUUGUCAGUGAGUAUGUGUGUGUCUGAAUGUGUUUCUGUGUCUCUGUCACUGAGUGUGUGUGUGUGUGUGUGUGUGUGUCUGUCAGUGAGUGUGUCUUUUUAGGUGACCAGCUUCCCUCCGGUCACAUGGAAAAGGUGGUAAAGCAUUUGGAGGUUGCACAUGCGUGGCAAAAUGUAAUUCUGCUCCAGUCAGCAUCUCCUUAUAGAGAUGCAUUGAAUCAGUGAAGACACUGAAUGUAGGUGAUGCACACUGUGCAGCACUGGACUAAGAAGCACCUCUAGUGGCCGUUUGAAUGACUGUCACUAGAGGUGCCUCCAGGCCAUUGGUGGAUCUGGGGGCAACGGGGCAAUUGACCUUUCCCCCCGAGAAAAUAGUGAGUCCGAGGCUCUCCUCUGCCAGUCCAUGGAGGGUUGGUGCUAUCCAAGCACCAGCACUGCUGUUUGCCUUCACGGACCGGAGGGGAGAUCAGUGAUCUCCCUCCCCGGCCCUCACAGGCACAAUACUGGCAGCCGGCAGUGGAGGCCGAGGGAAAGCGAACCCGGGGGAACUCUUACCUGCAGCUCCGCCGGGUUCUCCUCUCGCGAGCACGGAGCGUUGCAGCGGUUACCAUGGCAACUCUGUUCUCGCGAGAGUGAACUCAGGCCUGAGCUGCAGGUUAGAGUUCACUCCCCCACUAGAACCACCAGGGACUGGAAGAAAGCAAUGAUUCCCCCUCCCUCAGCAAAGGUAAGAAGGGAGGGGGGACAUUAGCUAUAUUUAUUAAAUAAUAAAAAAAAAUAAUAAUAAUCUUUAAUCUGCCCCCAUCCCCUCACACACUGCACCACACACAGCCCCCAUCCCCUCACACAAACUACAACCCCUACAAACUGCACCACACACACAGCCUCCCCCUUACACACACACAGCCCCCCAUCCCCUCACAAACUAUAACCCCCUACACACUGCACCACACACAAAUAUACAGCCCCCCCUUAUGCACACAGCCCGCCCUUACACACACAGCCCCUUAUACACACUGCCCCCAAUACACACACUGCCCCCCUUAAACACAUAGCCCCAAUACACGCACAGGCCCCCAUACACACACACACACACACACACACAGCGCCACUCACACACAAACACACUGCACCCUUUACACACAAACACAUUACUACCCCAUACAUACACUGCACCCCUCUCACACACGCACGACCCCUCCAUACACAUACUGCGACCCUCGCACACACUGCACCACACACACACACACACUACAGCCACUAUCCCAGCAGACCCUGGGUCAGUUAUCAAACUUUUUUUAAACGGUUUGACUACUUACUCUGGGAGGGCACCACAGCAAAUCCUGGCACCAAAACCACUACAGAGAGCUGUAGUGGUUAUAGCGCCUGCAAUGUUUCUUAAAAUGAUCUGCCAGUGCCCCUCCCGAGAUUAGCUUCUGGCAGGCAGUGAUGUAAACACUUUUCUUUUCUCUGAAAAGGCAGUGUUUACAUUGAAAUGCCUGCAUGGACAGACUAUAGACAGCAGAAGCACUACAUUAAGCUGUAGUGGUUCUGGUGACUCUAGUGUCCCUUUAAGAAUUUUAUUUUUGUCCUUGAAAUUACAGCUUAGUUAGUUUAAAAAAACCUGUCUCCCCUCGGGAGACGACCCAGAGACAUUCCUCAAAAAAUUAGGCAUAUUAGCCAAUGGACACAGAAAGCAGCAUGAGAAACGCAACACUUAACUAUAAUAAUAAUGUUUUUUUAUAUGCAUAUAAUCUUAUGAGGUCAGGGAGAGUUUCUCACUAUUCUUGCUACCCCUAACCCAGCACUCCAUGCUAUUAACCUAUUGCCCUAGGUAUCUGACCCCACAUAUAUAGGAUAUAUAGGUUAAGCCGGAAGAUUGUUGAAAUCAAGCAACCUCUUUAAGUAGAGAUCUCUGUAGAAGAGUAGAAAUGUACAAAUUGUUCCCUCACCAUGCCACAGCAAGGGUUUCUCUGACAUUGUGAUUGUUGCUCUGCUCGUAGCCCAACGAAAUGUUAUUUGAUCCUGUUCUAACUUAUAUAAUAACACAUAUAAUGGAAAAUUGUAUACCGUGUGUAUAAAACCUAAUAAAAUACAAAUUAAAAAAAAAAAAAAAAACCUGGCUCCUAACUUUUUUUAGCUUGCUCUGUUAUGUGUAGACAAUUGAAUUUCAACAAACUUCAUUCGUAGCCAGGCAUGGCUGUGAUUUAUGGGAGUUGUGUUUCAGCUGCUGAUGAAGCACAGCUUUUCUACUUGAGAAAAAAACAAUUUUGGAUUAUUUUAUUUUGCUGGCUGCUAUAUAUGUAAUACAUGCCAUGUAUAAACUAAUGUGCGCACAAUUGCCACAACAAAGCAGAUUUUCUUUACCAAGGAGGUAAGCAGAACUAUCUGAGAAAACACGCUGCGAGGUAUGUGUGCAGAUUUGCUGGUGAUGUGGCUAUUUCCGCACCGAGGUAACACUUCAUUUAGUCCAAACAUCUGUGGCUGGAACAGCAGCCAGUGAUCCUUUAAGUACAAAUAUCAAUCAUACAAGGUUGACAAUGCCAGUAUUCACUUAACUUUUCAUUGCAUUGUUGGCAUUGUUUGCACAAUAAAUGAAUUAUCUGUUAUAUCUAGCAUGAAGGAGUUUUAAUAUUCAGUUCAAUUCACUUGCUGCUACGUGGACGUUUGAUUGGGCAUAUCUCCAAGACUUUUAGUGCUGAAGCCAAUGUUACUUUCUGCGGUACAUGCUAAUAGGAGGAAUGCAUGCUGUUCAAGUUGAUUUUUGCAAUGUUUAUAGGUAAAUUCUGAAACACGUUUCCAAGUGAUGACCUAAAGUAAUAUUUUUGUUGUUGAUGAAAAGUACGUUUGUUUUAGUUUUUUGGGUUUUAGGUAUGUAGGAAUGAAAGUACUUUGGAUUUCUUUCUGAGGUUAAAGACGUUACUGUUAGAAUUACUUGUAGGUGAGAAUCUGGCAAUACACUGCUGCUUUAAUGUGUCGCUAGUGGUUCUGGGCUGUCAACAGGCAAGGUUAUGUUUACAAACCCCAUGCUGUAUUGUGGGAUUUUGUGGGCAGUAGCUCCGGCAGUAUUAAUUCAGAUUUUUUUUUAUUUUUUUUUAUUUUUUUAUGAAACUUAUAUAUUGACAGAAGAACCUAGGAGAACGUGUGAUUCUUUGUCCCCCUCUACUCUCCCUGCACUGGACUAAAGACAGUAGCUGCAAUCAGCACCUGAUACCUGGGAGUAUAACUCUCACCAGUCUUGGUUGGACCUGGAUGUGAAUAUUUCAGUGCUCAUCUAGGAUUAUAGAAAUCCUAGCCAUAAUUAAUCAAAUAAUAGUAUUUGGGGAAAGUAAUGCCAAAUUAAACUUGGGUUUCAAAGUUUUUUAAAGGGUUACUCCAACCGUAUGGGGGGUGCGUUGAACUAUAUAAUUGCUCUAUUAGGCACAACUAAUUAGGUCCCACCUGCUACGUUGUGCAAUGAAACCUGCAAAAAAGUGUUGUUUUUUUUUUUGUUUUUUUUUUACCUACCUGGAAUCCCGCACCAGGUGAAACCGCCUUUCACGUCUCCACUUGACAUCACCAAGGUGCUUUGCGUGGCCCAAUCACACUUUCUGAUAGAGAAGCAGGUGAUUGGACUGUUUCGCUGGGCUCAGAGUGGGCGACAGGAGAUUGACAUUAGACAGUCCUGAACAGAGUGUAUGCCCUGGCAUACAAGUGCAAAUAAAUCUGGAUGCGUAAUGUUUUAUGCAGAAACAGUGCACAUCCAGACUACUACAGCCAUGACCACUUCCAACACUGAAAUGGUCAUGGUGGUUGAUUUAAACCUUUACACGCCUUAAUGACAGAGGCAGUUGUACAAGUUCUGACCAAAACAAAACCUGAAAUUUGUGCUGUAUAAUUUACUGGCGCUAUAGUGUAAUGUAUAGUGUUGGUGUUUGAAGGGAUGCUUGUGUACAUUUAUUGUUUUAAUACAGGGGUGUGUCUGAAUGUUAUGUUCACUUUUUAAUGCGGGUGUACAUUUGUGUGUAGUACUUGUGUUUGAGUGAAGUGGUGUGUUUGUAUAUUUUUUUUUGAGUUUGAAUGCAGGGUUGUGUUUGUGUGUAGUAUUUGUGUUAGAUUGCAGAAGUGUGCUUGUAUGUUGUGCUGGUGUUUGACUGGUUGGAUGUAUGCACAUAUACUACCACAUACAUACAUACACAGAUAUUCAUGCACAUUAACUCACAGAUGCAUAUAAAUACACUGACACAUACACACAAAGUCAUAUAGACACUGACACAUACAUAUAGAUAUACACCGACACAUACACACAGAUACACACUGACAUACACACAUUGACAUAUAAACACACACCCUCUCACAGAGGCAUAUACACAAAAAAUGGGUUAACCCUAGCUGGACCAGGCACCCAGACCACUUCAUUAAGCUGAAGUGGUCUGGGUGCCUAGAGUGGUCCUUUAAUAGUAUUAUGUGAAAACUUAAAUUUAAGGUGGCAAAAAGAUGCAAAAGCUAUCAGUGAAGAAACCUCGAACCAGUCUGCUAGGUGAUGGUCAGACAUGAAUUGUUUGUACAAGUGAAAAGCUCUGUGAUACGCGUGUUGGGCGCUGGUGGAUAAGGCUAACUUGGUAAGAACGUGACUGUGCUGAAGUAAUUCGUCUACUCCAUGACAAGUUCUUGGAAAGUUGGCGCUGGGGUUGCUACCCGAGCUGCCGAGGGUAGGGACAGUUUGAAGGCCUGAAAUUGAAAGCGAGAGAGUUGGUCAGCUGCCGUGUUGUAGAUGCCAGGAACGUGAGAGCAUACAAUGUGGAACUGAUGGUUAGCUGCCAGCCAUGUCAGUUUCCUAAGGAAACUCAUAAUCACCAAGGAGGAAGAGCGACCCUUGUUGAUAAUGUUGCAUAUUGCCAGGUUGUCGGAAAAGCUGCGUACGGACUGACCUUUCCACAACCUACACCAAGUGACGGCUGCAGCAACUAUAGGGUAUAUUUCAAAUAGGGCUGAGUUAGUGUGAAAACCCUCAAUGCCCUGUGUUUCUGUAGGCCAGGUCCCCCAGAGCCAUUCUGUGCCGAAAAUGGCCGCAUAUCCCGCUGAUGAUGCUGCGCCUGUCCAAAUGACUGGUGACUGUGAAUCAAUCUGUGGGAGGAACAUGCUCCUCCCAUUCCAUUCCGAGCGGAAUUUGUGCCACAUCUGGAGAUCAGCAGUCGCAGGACAGUCUAAGGAUAUGCGGAUAUGCUCGUUGGCGAAAGUGGGGAACAGGGCGAGGAGCCUAGCAAUGAAAGCCCUGCCCUGGGGGAUUAUGCGCAUGGCGAAAUUUAGUGAACCCAGAAGUGAUUGUAGUUCUUUACGAUUGCAGGACCCCCUGUGCAUGUAGUGGCUAAUAUUGUGUAGGAUGUGAACUACCUUUCCUUUAGGGAGGCUGGCCAUCAAAGUUGAUUAAUCCAGCAGAAUACCCAGAAAGUUAAUCAAUGUAUCUGGUCCUUCGGUUUUAGUGGGUGACACGGGAACACCAAGGGAUGUGAAUAGUUUGGUUGCUUUGUCUAGGCUACGUGGGGGGGGGUGGAAUUGGAUUCGAUGAAAAGAAAAUCAUCUAAGUAGUGUAUCACAUUUGGGCACCUGCAGGUAUUGAGGAGGAGCCAACACAAAACUUCUGCAAACGUGUGAAAAAUCCUGGGACUACUUUUGGCACCGAAAGUGAGCUUUGUAAAAAAGUAGUAGGAGUCUUGCCACUUAACGCCAUGCAGGUGCCACAAAGAGGGGUGUAUGGGUAAUAAUUUAAAAGCAUUCACAAUAUCCGUCUUGCUGAGCCAAGCCCCCAGAUCUGAUAGCUGCAAUAGCGUCGUCAAUAGUGGAGUAUUGUAGGGAAAAUUCCUCAGAUGGAAUCAAUGAGUUUAGGCUGGGGAUGGCAGAGGAGUGGAGUGCGGAUAAGUCAAUGAUAAGUCUUAGUUUCUCUGAAUUUUUGCUGGAAACCAGUCCGAUAGGGUUGGUUCUCCAGCUGGAAAAGGGGGGUUAACAAAAGGCCCAAUGAGGAUGGGAGUUGGCCUCGCGGACCGCUAGGAUUAAGGGGCAGGGGAAUAACUAACAUGGCCGUGUUGAAAAAGAAAACUUGCAAAUCAACAUACCUGCAGAAAAAUUGAGCACUGGUUCUGUGGAAGAGAAUUCAGAUGUCUCUUGAGUAGGGGGUUAGCUUAGGUGACCCAUCCGAGGGUAUUCGGGUUCCUGGGGGUAUGAGAAUAUUAGAUAAUGUACUCUAAUGUGGAACAUAUACAUAAAUAAGAAUAAAUUGACGUAGUAAGAGUUCUGGGGGGGAUUGCAGCGAGUAUUGUCCCCACAAUGUACACAAUGCCACCGGUAGGCUAUGCACUUUAACCGUAACCGUGGUAUAAUUAUCCUAAGACUUAACGUUACUACUAUACAUGCCAAUAUCUCAUAACAUAUCUAAACAGCCAUGAGUAACAUAUAUCAUGUACUAUAAUUUUUCAAGCAUAUCAUACCAUAUAUGUAUAACCAGCGUUUUACUAAUUUAACCAGUGUCCUAAUUAGCAGUAUAUGUAUAAAUAACAGCAAGGUAUGGAACCGUAAAGUAUUUGAAAGGAAAGUGUAUGUUAUAAUCAUGUAAGGUUGCAAACUGGCUGAACUAAGGGUCAGCCAGCAACGGAACGUACCAUGGCCCCCCUUUUAAAAUUGUGCAAGAUAGGUAGACCAGGGUUUUAACCCUGAAGCCUACUAUAAUGCCCCCAUUUGUGUGUUGCCGGCGGGAACAGGGACCCUUUACGAUAUAGGGGUCUGGUUGAGGCCUGUUCCCGCCCGGGCCGUAUGUAUGUCCCCCCCCCCUUUUAACCAUCAUAACUUCCCCCUUAAGACUGGGUUUCGCCGGCGGCCGGGAACAGGGACUCCUAACGGUAAUGGAGUCUCUGUCCUGCACCCAGGGCCAGCUGCUAUACCCCAGUAGGAGCCCUGCUUACCGCACCAAAAACGGUCUGGUGGGGGGAGAGGCCGGUCGGGUUGGUGGCCGGCGAGUGUCCGGUUCUGGGGCCGGUCCGGUUCUGGGGCCGGUGAUGCCGGGCUGAAAGCCGCUGUUCGGGCCGGGUUUGGAGAGCCGGUGGGCCUGUGGAGCCUGUGGAGCCGGCGGAAGUCAGCGUGUGACGUCAGAGGAGUGCGCCACGUCUCACUGGAAGUGACGUCACGAACCAGGAAGUCGGGAGCAACGGAAGCCGGCGAGUAUCAGCCUCCUGUUCGUCUAGACCAACGAAGGUAAGUAAGGGAAGGGGGAGUCCCUUAAGUAGGUCUAUAGCCCCUCCCACAACUUCAGGCCAUGCCUUCCAAUAUAUACACACACACACACAGAUGCGCACCCUGGCACACACACUCAUACUCUCUCACACACACUCAUACUAACAUACACACCUUCACUAAUACACACUCAAUCUCAUACUAACACUCACACAGUGAUUUUUAUUUUUUUUAUAUAUCCAGCCACCCUCCUGUUAGCCUACCUUGUGUGGCCAGGAGGGUGGCUUGGAGUCCUGGUCCUGCUGGGGAGGGAGUGAAGUGGUCUGGAGCUCUUCGUGCUCCUCUCCAUCCCGUGCUGUCUCUCUGCACGAUGCUUGGAGGAAGUGACAAGCUUUCACUUCCUCCCAGCCGGACGACAUUACAGGGGCCCAGUCACGGUCUUAAAGGAACGCUGCACUCACCCGGGUCCCUGUUGAGCAGUAAUGUUUCCCUGGUGCUAUAAUCAUAGCAUCGGGGAAACAUUCCACGUCACUCCUGUGUGCACAGUUUGGGAACCGCUAUGCUAGAUGGUCUAGUUAAAAAUACGAGGAAAACAAUGACUUGCAUUCUAAAAUAUAUUGUAUGACUCAAUAAAGCAGUUAAUAAUGUACAUGGUUAAAUGACAUGGAUAAAUAAUGUCAACUAUUGUGGAUGCUGUGAUUAACAUUUUGGUAAUGUUACAUAUUAAGAAUUUUGAUACUUUAUUCACUGUAUUUAUAAUGAUUUUGCCAUUCUGAUUAUUAUAUAAAAUAAGCUUUUAGCUAUAUAGUUGCUAUCAGUGUGGCUAGCAAAAUGUGUACUCCGUAAAGUACCACCAUGACAUGUCAGAUUUGCAAAAUAAGUGUACUUUAAAUGUCAGCUAUUAUUUGAUCAUUAAUUUUGCAGUGCACAUUUAAAUAGUAAUUACUUCUAUCUAGAGUGUGUUCUAUUAGGAAAAGGUAAAAGAAACAAACUAAAAAAAACCCAUGUACUUUAAAUAAAUUGUCACAUCAUUUCUAAAAAUAUAAGGCUCAGUAAGUUUAUGGUAUUAAGUAUGAUAGUGAUAUGCACAGGGUUUUUUUGGCCAGCUCUGCGAUAACCUAGUUGACACUCUUUAUCUUAUCGUAUAGGUAGAGUAUUCAUGGCCGUUUGAUAAGACAUGGUUAUACACCAUAGCCACAUCUUCUGCCUUCAUACUGAUUAGAGUACUCCAUUCAGCUCAAACUAUUCUCCAAUGCAAUUUGUUUUUAAAAUUAUAACUAAUCUUCCUAAAGGAACACUCAAAGCACUUCAGCAUGUUUUAGGGGUUAUGGUGCCAGGAGUACCCCGGCGCCCCACAAUGUAAGUACUGAAAACAUUUUGGAGUGGUUAUCAUUUUCUGAGAGACAUUAACUAACACUCUCAGCCAAUGAGCUUGCCCUGCACUACAGAGCUUGGCUCAGAAGAACUAGCAAAGGCUCCUAGCAGGGACUUUUAGCUCUCCAGAGCAGGAGUGGAGCCCAGUGGACCCCAGGUAAGAUAUCAGUGUUCUAAAUAGUUUUACCACUUACAUUGAGGAGGUGUCUGGGCCCUCUUUGCACUAUAAUUGCUACAGUAAACCAUAGUAGUUAUGGUCCUUUAUAUAAUGUCUGUAGGUUGAUAAGCCUGGGCAGCAUGCUAUUUAAAAGGGGGGGAAAUAGCUCAAUGGGCAAUUGGUGGACCAUCUACCUGUAUUGUCCUCAGGCAAUGACUUUCCACACUUUUGGCCAGUAACAGGGUAUCCCAGCAUAUGUUGUGGAAUUGCGCUGCCCCAGUGGUUAGUCAGCCAUAGCAACAAGUGAAAGCAGUAUUUGCCACAUUGUUGUCAAAACCCUAAACAAAGAUUGGAGUAAGUGAGCGGACAUUUGAUGACCAUGUCACUCAUCCCUCAGAUCACUGCCCACUGGCAAUUGAGGUACACUAGAGGAGUGCCGAUAAUGAACCACUUUGUCCAAGGAGGCUUUCCAGCUGCAGCAGAGGUUAGCAGCGACAGUCAGGGCAGGGCUCUCUGACACACAGUCAAUAUUUUUAAACACUUUUUUUUUUUUUCUUUCUUUCAAGUAACUGCAGUAAAGAAAGGAAGAAAGUGUGGCUAGUGACUGCAAUGUUCAUGUUGCACAGAGUGCUGCUUUAUCUAGUAUAAACAUGGUUCUGGCUGAAUAUCACUUUAACUCUAGCAACUAAUGGUUUCUGCAUAGGAUGAAUGUUUAACAAUUGAAAGAACUGUUAAAUCUAAAAAAAAAAAAACACAAGUUAGGCAAUUAGGCAGAUAUUUUAAUUGUAGCUUCUUCUUCUUUACCUAACAGCUUAACUACCUGUUCUUUGGACCCUAUGAAGCAACAAACAGCAUAUUGGUUGGUUUCCUAGUACCAUGUACUGAACACGAGACUUAGGAUUCAUAUUUUUUUUUUUUUUUUUUUAUACAGUGUUUCACUGAGCAAGUACUAUUGUCCUGACCAGACAUUAUUAUAUGGGAUAUCACACAAAAUAAGCCUUCUUUAAAGUGUUCAAAAGUUGGGAUACCAGAAGAUUUGGUAAACAAAAGAAACCUACAACUUACAGAAAUGAUGAUUUAAAAAUGGGUUUGCAGAUUUCACUUACGGGUAUCUCUAUACACGCUAUAGCUAAUUGUAGAGGUUAUGGUGCUCUGAGUCAUUGGACACUAAACCCACUGAUCCAAUUUUCUAUACAUCUGUUUUGGAUCAGUUUAAGUAAAACUGAGGCCAACUCCCCCCCAGUUCCUACACCUUAUGAUUGCUGUCCGGGGAUGGUAGGCCUUUAAUGGGUAAUUCAGAAGUGAGCCUCCCACAUUAUCCAAGAAACUGCAGAAGGUCUGAUCAUUAGAUACAGAGGAGAAUCAUUACACAAUAACCACCUUAGUGCUACAUGGAACCCUUUUAUUUUUCUUGUGCAAAUGGGAAUGGUAAGACUUCAGAAGAAACUAACCUCAUCUGUCCCCUCCAUAAAAACCAGGGCAAGACAGUUCAGGGUGGGUAACUUGUGGCGGGCUGGCUGGUACUCUGACUGAGUACUUCUGCCAAGCACGCUUCCUUGCUUUAACUGGGACACCUGUAGUGCUUCAACCCCCAGUCACCGCAGCUUGAUUGGGGUCUAUACAAAGUUUCCCAUUCUGGAACAUGAUCCUGUGCUACACCUCCAAGUGAUGGCUCUCCUGCAUAGUGUAUAGCUAUCUCACCCAAACACUAGCCGAGACUUAGUGAAGGGUGAAGUAGAACUAUUUUUAUUGAGUGAAUCACAGGUUUAUAUAGGAGUAAUCACAACAGGGGGUCAUCCCACAAAACAAUACAAGUCACUCCUUAGAGUCUUGGUGUCUAUUUCACAAUUAGGUCGGGUCCAUAACUGAAUUACCUGCCUGACACCAAGGUCCAAUGCACAUUAGCUAUCGUGUUAUAAACUAAUUAGCAUCCUUUCUGUUUUACCUUUUAUAUACACACAUACAUGCUAACAUCAUUAUCUCCCAUAGUACAAUAAAACUCCUAAAACACAUAUAAUACUAUACAGCAGAGGAAAGGGGUCUCUGGAAGAAUGGGACAAUGUCAUUUUAGGAAAACAAGGAAGGGGGUAGGGGGAAAUAACUAGCAAAUACAUUACACAAACUUCUUCUAAAGAGUCAUCUAAUGUUCACACUUCCUUUAUUGCACUUUCUGUUUAAUUUAGAAUUUCUUAUCUCCUGCUCAGUAAAUAGCUAGUUAGACCCUGCAGGAGUCUCCUGUAUGUAAUUAAAGUUCACUUUACAGAGCAGGAGAUAAAAACUUUUAAAGUUGAAAAUGAAACCAUUUUAAGGUUGAAAAUGAAACUUUUUUUUUUUUUUUUUAUCAUGUUUGUUUUCCUGGUACUAAAGGGUCAUUAGGUCCAUCCCCCCCUCCCGCUUGGCUGAAGGGGUAAAUCCCCUUCAGCCACUUACCUUUCUCCAGCGCCGGGCUCCCUCUGUGCUGGAGAACUCUCCUGCCGAUCUGACUUCUGCAAUUCAUACCUGCAAUGGCCACAGUGAUAUAUUGAAAGCAAUCUGCUAAUAUUCCCAGCCAAUCACAGCUGCCCAUUGCUGUUCAACCCAUGGUUCUGGGUUAUAAUAUGAUUGUUAAAACUGUUAUCAUUUCUGAUGUAUAUGCUAUUUUAUUUCUAUUCUCAGAUGACCUUGGCACCUUGAAGUUUCCCUUUAUUUUAUUUUUUGUAUUUUUGUCAGUCAUGCAUUAUUCUCUCGAUGUUUUCAGCCCAAACAUUAACAUUAAAAUUGAGAGGAAAUUAAAGAGACAGCAACACUUUUGUUUGCAUAAAAAGCAGCAUGACACUUUUGAUGGAGAUUCUGAUUGUGGUGUAGGCUUAUUUUUAUCUCAUAAUGCUGUACUGUGGGAAAUACGUAUUUCCUCAUAUUCUAGUUUGAUGUAUAUACAAUUACAAACUGCUAAAGAUUUCAAGAUUUCUAACCCUCUGCAUUCAAUUCUGUUAAACCAAAGGAAAGACGCACUUUUUUUAAAAAGUUUUAAAUUUUUAGCAAGUUUCAUGAUGAUCAUCGCAAAGCAGGUGUAUACGUUGGUAUAUACACAGCCUACAUCAUUUUUCACAGACGCACUUAAUUGUAAUAAAGUGGGUUUGGUUCAUAGAUGCUGUCCCCCUUUUUUUUUUUUGAGACCAUGUAAAUAAAACAUUGCAGUUUCUAAGAAACUACAAUAUUUACAUUUGUGCGAAACCACAACGCUAUUAGCCGUCAGACAGAAAAUUAAGGGUCCUCACGUUUGGUGUCAUCAUGCACUGCAAUCAGGUGCUGAAUGCAUACAGUGCUUGUCAAAGAGAAGCAUUAGAUUCACUGCUUUUAUAAGGGAAUCAAUACUUUUAAUAUAAAAUGAUUUACUUGAUGUCUGCAACACUGAAAACAUUUGCUACCACUAAGGAGACAUGAGAAACAUUUACCAAUACAUUUUAGUUAAAGGAACAAUGUAGCGUUAGCAAUGCAUAUCUGUAUUCUUAAUGCUACAGUCCUGAUAACUCACAUUUUCUCCAGCGCCAAGUCUCCCACGGCUCUGCCGCAACCCCCUUCUGGGUUUGGUGGGCCAGUCCAAUUCUACUCAUAGAGGAGCAUUGGAGAACGUUGGGGCAUGCGCAGCGUUUGUCCGCAAUGCACCUACGAUUCCUUUAUAGAGAAUCAUUGUAUUCAAUGAUUCUCUAUGGCCAACUGUGACAGGACUGCGCAUGUGCAUGUGACAUUACAGUGUGAAAGCUGGGAGGUAAGAUUCCCGGCUCUUAUAACCAGAGGGCAUUAAGGCAUGCCACGCUUCCAAGGCUUUUAAUUAGUGAAAUUAAUGGUCUUGGGGGGGUAGGAUGUGGCGCAGAACUGCAGGCACUAUAACAAUGUCUACAUUUAUUAUGGCAGAUGUGCAGGAUUAACAACUGUGUCAGGUAAUGCAAAUCAGUAUUGUCUCGCCAGACCUGGGGCAAAUCAUUAAAAAAAAAAAAAAAAAAUUCAAAUGAUAACUUGCUGAAGCUAGGAUGCCAUUUGAGUCAACAGGCUCAUUAGUAAUGGAUUGCUGCCCCUGGAGCUGAUAAUAUAAUUAUUAACUAUACUUUCAGAAUCUGUUAUUCAUUGCUGAUGUAUUUCUCAAUAAAAACACAAGACAAAGGUCUUUAUCUUGUGUAGUUUUCCUAUGCUUGAUAAUCUUAAUAAAGGGUGGAGCUAGCUUUCAGAUGAACUACACACUUUGUCAAUAUUGUCAAGCAUAGGAAAAAUACACAAGACAAAGUAGUCCCUACUUUGACUUAUGUUUUACUUAGAAAUUUAUCAGAAAUGCACAGCAGAUUCUGCAAGAGGGAACCAUAGGAGUAAGGUAAGUUUGAGGUUACUGAGCCACUUCAACUUAGUGAAGUAGUUUUUAUCUGUGUAAAAAAAAAAAGUUAGUAGGCGCUCACUAUAGUAUUAAACACAGGAUAACUGUGGGCUGCAGUUACCAAUACAAGGAUUCCCAAACCUUGUAGAUAGUAGAAUAUGAGAAAGGUAGGAGGAGACCUCGUCCCAAACAAUACAUGUAGAAAUUUAUACAUACACGUCUUGACCUCAAAGAUAAAAGCAAAAAAAUAUAAUAGUGCAGUACAGUAUAUCUGGUGAAUAGGUGGUGAAGUUAUCUUAUGUGGUUAUCACUCACAUUUGAUAGAGCUAACUCAGAGCUCAGCUGUAUUACGCAUGGACGGAACAAUCCCCGUCUAAGGAUAUAUGCUGUUAUAGACGUCCCAGGUGUCUCAAGUAAGGUGCAGUAUGCAGGACAUAUGUAGAAAUAAGUACAAGAAAAUAUACUCCAAUGGUGAAGUAAGUUCUAAUAGAUAUAAAAAAAGUAAUGUACUUACAUUUACCAGAGCAGAACUGGUGUUUUUUUUUAUUUAUUUUUAUUAUUUAUUUACCAUACAAAACCAACAAAAGCAGUAUAUUUACUAUUUUAUGCUAUUUUAUACUGCUUUCAUUAUUUUUGUAUGGUAAAUAAAUAGUAAAUUUCAUGUUUAUAUAUUUAGUUUCAUCCAUCCUUUUUUUGCUUCCUGGUACCAUCACAUUCCUACCACCCAUGCUGUAUAUACCAGAGCUCUGGUAAAUGUAAGUACAUUACUUUCUUUUUUAGAUCUUUUAGAACUUACUUCACCAUUGGAGUAUUUUUUCUUGUACUUAUUUAAAAAAGACCUGUGUAUGUAUAAAUUUCUAGAUAUAUUGUUUGGGGCACGGUCUCCUCCUACCUUUCUCAGUUAUUAUUUUUCAAUGUGUCUAAUUUACAUAUAUUGAUUUCUAAUUAUAGGAGCUGAUUAACAUGAUGCAUUAUCUUUUUGCUAGAGGCAAUCUAAGACUUAGUCAGCGUGUUAGGUAGUUUCCAGUAAUUAAUCACUUAAACAUUUUUUUUAUUUUUUUUUAUUCACAAUUUUGACUAGGUACAUAGAAGCUGUGAUGGACCGUAUUAGUCGUUAAAAACGUUAAACUAUUGUGCAGUGUAGAUGAUUUUUGACGUGUACGGUAUUAUUUUGUCUCAGGUUUACCACAACUGUAAUGGGAUUGGGGAGUGGCCGCAGAGGAAUGAAGUCCCCACCUCUUCUCAUUGCUGUCCUCCUGGCGUGUAUUUUGGUUUUGGGGAUAAACUACUGGAUUACAAGCUCCCGAUGUGUGGAACUACAGGUAGGGUUCUUCUAUUCAAAGAAUUAUUAGCCAGAAAACAACUGACGAUUUAAAUGUUUUGUGUGUUGCAUUCAGCAAAUUAAGUAUUAGGAGUCUCCGUUAGACCUACAAGGACACCAUUAAAGGGCAGCAGGGCAUCAAAAAGUUUUCAAGUGACUAAAGUAAAGAGCUGCAAUGGUUUCUAAAACAUUUUCUGACAUGCAUGUGGCUUUUUAGGUGUACAUGAGCAAUGUUAAUCUGCCUCUUCUAGAGUCGCGUGUUGGAGCUGGAGGGGAGAAUGCGCAGGGCAGCCGCUGAGCGAGGGGCUGUGGAAAUGAAAAAGAACGAAUUUGAAGAAAAGCUGGUUAAGCAGAAAGAACAAAUUGACAAUAUCCAGUCUUUGCACAGUUCCCAGUUGCAAAGUGUAAACUUGUUGUAUAACAGUGAAAAGGUAAGUAGGUCUUAAGGGCGGACUCCACAGCAGAAUGGAAAGCCAAACGGGAUUACAUCUAUUUACAUAUAAAUGCAGACAGUGACAGUCUGCCUGAGGGGAAAAAGAACACUGCAAACAUUGUUAUAGGAUUAAAAUAUAUCUUGUUUUACAUUUAAAGACCAGAAUCUAAUACUAUUUAAGGACAUUCUACAAUCUGAGACAAGUGGGCUGUUUUACUAGUAGUUUAUUUUAGUCUGUGCCAUACUGUUAUUAGGAGGGUGCUUGAAUAUUGAACUGUGUAAAGGAAUAAUAUAGCGUUGGGAAUACUAAUCUGUAUUCUUACUGCUAUAGUGCCCCUUUCCCAAGACAAAUACAGGUCCACUGUUUGCCAUAAAAAUGAAAAAACUAAAAUGUGCGCUAUAGGCUAUUCUAUGGGCUUAUGAGUCCCGUGACCAAGCUUUAUGCUGUCAGUGCAGCGAAAGUCCCUUUAAUGGCUGUCCCACGCAGAACCUGGGGUUGUAAAACGUUGGCACAGUGAAUGUAGAUUCUGCAAAAGUUGCAGGACCUCAUCCAGGAAGUCCCUCUAGUGGUUGUCUAAGUUCUGGGGCAUAUAGCCCACACUUGCAGGAUCAGCAUUUACACUGCUGAUCCUGCAAGUGUGGGCUACAUGCCCCAGAACCAUUAAAUUAGGCUUUAGAGGUUUGCCUUUAAAUAAAUGCAGUGUUGCCCUGGGCUGAAUGAGUUCUGGUUUUAGGGCCUAGGACUGAAGGUUUGCUUGUUUUUACCAAUAAAAGUUUUAUUGACAUACUUGCAUAUACUUAGUUAAAGUGGGUAUACAAAUGCAGAAAAAGGAACAUGACAACACGCAUAUAUGUAUAAACCAAUACUUGCAAAGUGAAACGGAGAAAAAAAAAUAGAGCUGAAGGUUUGAUGGGCUUAAUGUGGGAAAUUGAAUUUGCAAAUUAGUUGUCACAAUAGCAAAUUUAACGUUGAUCUAUGCUGUUUGAAUUGUCCCUCUUGUGUAGUUGCGAUGUCACAUAUCUAGCUUUGAGACCACACAUACAACAGGACACACAACAAGCAAGCACAGUAUUAGUACUCAGUGACAGGGAAGCAAUAAAGAAAUUUAUUGGGGAGAAAAAAAUGACGAUUUCUAUUGUAGUUGCUUCGGCCCAUUUUACAAAAAAUGAAUGGAGGUGCAGCUCCAGUUGCAUCUUCCUUAUCUGGCCGUGAGCUGAACCAAAUGCUUGCUAUUACCUGUGUAAAUUUAAUUCCUGCCUCUUUAUGUCAUGACAAUGAGACCAUGACCUCCCUAAUCUGAACAUCAUGUCCCUCACCCUCCCUCUAUAAUUUCCAAUUGUCUCCCCAUACAGCCUUAGAUUUAGGAAUGUGGUACAGCUGGCAGCAAGCAAGUUGAGUUCCUGUGCUUUAUGAAAAUAUGUCAUGCUUCUUUAUUUGGCAGACCGCUGCCAUUUAUAGUAAUGUCUUUGGCAUUAAAUAUCGCCACUCCUACACUGGCUCCAACAGGCCAGGCUAGAAAUGUCCCUAAAUAUAUUCUCGCCUAAAAUGCAAUGUAAGCUAUAAUAUGUAAUACAUUGGUCAUGCAGCAUCAAAUAUCUCAUGGAUAAUCUAAUAUUGCGUGCCCUACCUGCUUGUGUUUUAAAUACAAAUGUGCCUUAGAACAGGGGUUCUCAACGUUAGUCCUCAGGACCCCCUACCAGUCCAGGUUUUAGGGAUUACCUGGGUGUGUCUCAGGUGUUUAGAAAAAGGAAAAAAAACACCUUAGAAUCUAAGGUGUUUUUUUUCCCUUUUUCUAAACACCUGAGACACACCCAGGUAAUCCCCAAAUCCUGGACUGGUAGGGGGUCCUGAGGACUGGGUUAAGAACCCCUGCCUUAGAAUAUCCCUUUAUACGAGGCCCAGUAUAGGAUUACAUUCAGUGUGUGCCCAGGAGUAUCUGCUCAAUGAAGUUAGAUCUAGUGAUAGGGCCACCUGGAAUAUAGAUCCGGUCCUGUGCAUAUGCCUGUUUAUAUUUUAACAUCCGUGUCUGUACAAGGCCAUGUUCCCCUUUGAUGCUGAGGUUGGGCAAGUGCUGUGUUUCUACAAUGUGAUUAAUAUGUGCCUUGUUCUAUGAGUUAACUCAUGCAUUGUGCUUAAGUGACUUCUUGGAAAACAAAUGUACUUGUAUUAAAUCUAAUGCAGGUCAUGCGGUUAGUGAGGUCGUGGAAUAAUGCAGAAACCUAUACUAUGAAAUAACAUUGUGUUUAUUCCUUUUCACCUUUCUGUUUGCACAGGAAUCUUUAAUAAACAACGUAACACUAAAGGAUAGACGGAUACAGAUUCUACAAGGUAAAUAAUCUAAUCUAAGAUGCAGAAAUACUUAGUUUUUUUUAUAUUUAAUACAUCCAAAGAAUAGAGUUACUUCCCUGUGCACAUUUAAAUAACUAUAGGUUUUUAGUAUCAGUCCAAUGGCCAGUCAAGUGUCAGCUCACCUGCCACGUCAAGUGCAAAACCUCUUGGGUGUGUCAGCAGUAAAGAAUGCUCUCUCUCCUCCCCAAAGAGAGCGCCAAGCCACAGACUAAGCAGUGAACUGAGCUGUGUAUAAACUGAUAGCAGCCAUCGUAUAGUUGCUAUCAGUUUCAAGAACCGUUUCAGUCACGCUGUGUGUAGACUAACAAAAAUAAAUAUGUCUUACUUACUUUCCUCUUCAAACCUCAACUCCUUAUUACUCCAUAGCUAAUUGCUAAUUAUAUGAUAAGACUACCCUCUCCAAUUGACCAGCUCCCCCUAUCCCCCUUCAUAUAUCUAUGCUGAUCUGUUUGUUCUGUGCAUUAGACUGUCAGAAAAACCAUCUCAAGCCAAGGUCAGAAAGAGAUUGAGAAAUUAAGGAAGGCAAUCUUGACAGUGUGAACUAUAUAGGCAGUGAAAAUAGUCUAAGGGGCAGAAAAACUGUUGGAUAAUCAGACUCUCAGUGCUCAGGCAUCAAGGAUUCAUGAAAAACAGAGGAGUUUAAAUACUGAAUCUCACCAUGCUUACCCACUAACUUGUUGUAUGACACAUUGUUCCAGAGAUAGUGGCUGUGGGAAAUGGUGUUCCAAAGAAACUCUACGUGACUUUGUGACCUAGUCAUAGUAAUCUAUGUAAUUCGUUCAGGUCCGUUAGAAUAAGAAUGUGUUUUAUUUACAUAUACUGAUACACUUUAAUACAAGCAUUAUGUCCACAAAGCUCUGGGAUACACUCAUACACAUCAACCAAGCUGAUCUCAUGAAAAAGAGAAAUAACAGGGUAACCAUGAAGGGCAGGGGGAACUGGAUCUUGGCAAGGAUUGUCCUUUCCAAAAAUUAACUCAGCGGAUAUAUGUAAAUAUCAUUUUAGCUCCCUUUCAAUCAGAGUAUCAUGAAAUAAGAAAAGUCAACAAAUUACACUGUGAACAUGUUCAAUAGGACUUCUGGACUUUUCAAAAAUAGUUUAUAUUUUACAUAUUAAGUUGUGCAUUUUUUUUGACAGCAUAGAUCAGAGUAGUAAAAACAGUUAUUAUAAUAUAGCCUGUCACUUGCUUGGGCAUUAACCCUCUGGAUUACCACCAAUUUGAAAGGUUACAAUGUUUGCCAUUUAUGAAUGUAUUUAAGCUUAUUAAAUUGAGGCUACAGCUUGAAAAUUUUAAAACAAUUGGUUAUUUAAGCCUAAAAUUUGAAUACCAAAUGACUCCUACAUGAAUGAUUACUGUUUUUUUCGACAUUUUCGUUAGUCUAAAAUUGGGGUCAUCUUAUACACGGAAUGUCACUGCAGGGGUUAAAAAAAAAAAAAACACUUGCGUGUGGGGCCUGACAGCUUUAUUAGGUAUGUGGUUGCGAAAGUGGCUAAUAAGCUACAUACUUUCCCCCACCCCUAUAUUUCAGUAAAAAAAAAAAAUUUUUUUAAAUGAAACAGUGCACAUUCUUUCAUUUGUGGGCAGUACUUCCUUUUAAGCAGGCAUGUGGCUGCUAGGCAGUUUCUUGGCCCUUUGAAUGUCAUUGCCGUGUUCAAAGGAUAGCUAACAGGUCUGGAGGUGAUUCUAGGUGUGGCUUUUGCAUUUGAUUCUGUUGCUAUUGUCUGCCAACAUGAUGAGGAUAGAAGUGUAUGAUCUCAUAGAAGGACAGCAAAUUAAAAUAUAUUGCUAAUGUGACCAAGUAGCUUUUCUGGCUAUUCAUGACUAGCAAUCACAUUCACUCUGCUUGAAGGAAACAGAGAAUACAUUCACUAGCAAAAGACAGAACUGAAAGGGAAAUGCCCUGGAACAAUCAAGUCUAUGGGAGUGUUAUUGUUCUUGAUAGACUCAGCUUAGUAAUGCAAACUAUUGCAAAAAAUUAUCCAACAUUGCAACUGUGAAUGUUGUCAGCAAUUAACUUUUUUACAUUUUGGCAAAAUAGGUAACAAUGUAUUCCUAUCACGUGAUAAGUGAAUAGCUCUGAUAGUUACUACGAACAAUAAAGUUGAAAUGGCCCCGUACCAAAUGGAGCAAAAUGAUUUGCUGCUGUAUAGGGCCAUCUGGGCGACAGAAUACGGACAUUGUGAUUCGUCGCUUGCCUCGUUUGACCGCUGUGUGCGCUGUCGUGACCUGCCAGGUUUUGCAAGCAGACUGCUCGUAAGUCUACUGGAGGUAAAGCUCCCAGGAAACAGCUUGCCACUAAAGCAGCUAGGAAGAGUGCCCCUUCUACAGGGGGUGUCAACAAGCCUUACAGAUACAGGCCUGGCACUGUUGCUCUGAGAGAAAUCAGAAGAUACCAGAAGUCUACUGAGCUGCUGACCCACUAGCUGCCAUGUCAGCGUCUUGUGAGGGAAAUUGCUCAAGACUUCAAGAACUGAUCUGAGGUUCCAGAGUGCAGCUUACCUUGUUGGCCUCUCUGAAGAUACCAACUUGUGUGCUAUCCAUGCAAAGAGAGUAACCAUUAUGCCAAAGGAUAUACAGCUAGCAAGGAGAAUCUGUGGAGAACGUGCUUCAUUUUUGUUGUGGGUUUUGUUUUGUUUUGUGUUUUUUUUUUUUUUUUUUGUUCUGAAAUUUCUUUUUUUACAAAUUGUACAUAAGUGUGUCUUUUAUAAAGGGUUUGUUAAUUGUAGGUUCGUUGACAGUAAACUGGUAGUGAAAAUCUUACAUGACAUUCCCUUACCCCUCAGAUUUUUCAAAAAAUUUGUAUCUUUAGCUAGUUUUGUGACCCUUUUCAUUAAACCUGGUCAGCAUGCUUAAUCUAAUUUCUAUCUUUCAUUGUAACUCCAUUGUAAAUAAACUUUCUACUACCUCAAAAAAAAUAAAAAAAGACAUUGAUGGCAUUUAUCAAGGGAGUAGGCUGUUGGAUAUAGGUCCUCCUCCCCAUUUGUUAUUAAUAUUGGGGUCCAACCUAUCACCCAUGGGUGGGGUCAGGGGAGGGGAUAAUUUGACCCUUUUUUUUAUUUUUAUUUAUUUAUAAAAUAUUUUACCAGGAUUGAUACAUUGAGAUUUGUCUCGUUUGCAAAUGUUUUGGCUUCAGACUUUUAAUAAGUACACCCCAAAUAAACUGUACUUGUAAAUUCAUCAUUUUAUUUUAUUUCAGGUCAGGUCAGGGACCUCGAGGUGAACUUAGAAAAUGCAGAGAAGGAGCUUUUGGAACUACAAGAGAAUCAGAACAAGAAGUCUACAUUUGAGCUGUAAGUGCUGUUUCAUUGAAUUUGAAAGGAAAUAAAUAGGAGUUCAAACAUCUUAGAUGUAUAGAUGCACAUGGAAACUCUUGGUGAUAAUAAAAUAAAAAUAUUAAACUGAAAAAAUAUUUAAGUAGGACAAGGUUUUGGAAAGAGAAUACGGACUCACGUUCAAGAGGUAGUGAAAAUGAAAUUUUUUUAGCUCCUAAUUGAUCAUAUAGCGCUGAUCCAAAUUUUAAAUAUCACUUUCAAGAGGACAUGAGAUCCUGACCAGAACCUUGUCUGCUGUAAUUUCCCAUUAUACACGGCUCACUAAAUUUUAAUAGAAAUAAACAGGGUUUCUUGUAGGGAUGUGCAUGGGGAAAAUAUUCAGUUCGGCAUUCAGAACUUCAACGCUUCGGAACUUCUGUACUUCGGCAUUUUGGAAUUUCGGGAGUUCUCUUGCAGUCGCUUAGUAGAGAACUCCCUAAUUUCCACGGCUCAUUGUUUACUAGACAUGCCCCUACUCGCGGUAUAGCGAGCAGGGGCAGAAUUUACUAAUACUAAGUAAUUUUUACUUAGUAUUAGUAAAUUUGUCUGAAAGACCAAGUUAGGUCUUCCAGCCUUUUGGUAGAUAACUCCCUAAUUCCCACAGUAUUAGGGAUCUAUCUACUUACUGAAAUGGAAGUAACUUACAUUUUAUAUGAACGUGUUACUUGAUUGUUGUAAGUGUUGCAAAUGCUGGCUAUGUUUGUAUACGUUUUAUUUAAACUGGUAUACAGUUUAACAUUCUUCAUUCUUCCACUGGGUAUAUUAGUACUUCGGCAAUUCUGUGCUUCGGAACUUAGACGCUUCAGAACUUCGGCAAUUCAGCUAUUCGGACAUUCGGAAGUAUCCGAAUGUCCGAAUUGCCCGAGAUUUGUCCGAAUCGACAUUCGGAACGAAACUAAUUGCACAUGUCUAGUUUCUUGUGUGGUUUUUAGAUUUGUGCUUCUGAAUGUCUGUUUGUUUUUUGUUUUUUUCCAAAUAACUGUAUGAAGCCACACACCAUGUUCAUGUAUUCAUUUUUAGUUAAUAAUUUUGUGUACAUUGAAGUUAAACUUUCACUUGUAGCUCAGUUUUGUAUUAUUCAUAAUAUAAAACAAGUUAAAAAUGUGUAAUGCAGUCAAGGAAUUGUUUACAUCUCAGUAGGUGCAGUGACCCUGUCCUAUUAACCCUGCAGUUUAGAACAAUUUGUUAUAUUGCACGCUUAAAUCCAACUCUAGUGACUGUCAUACUGACAACCACUAGAGGCACUUCUGCUACACUGAAGAAAUAACUUUGGUCAUGUGACAAAAAAGCCUGUAGGAAAGCAUUAAAUACAAUGGUUUCUAUGGGGAAACUUUAAUGCACACAUGGCGUUUGCCACACAUGUGCAAUUGGUCACCAGAGCUCCUCUAUAAGGAACAUUAAAUUGGAUCAAUGAGGAGGAGGUGGAGAAGUGAGCAGCGCCAAGGGAACUUUGGCUCUGGAAAAAGGGAAGUAAAUAUUUUAUUAAAAAUGGUGGUUUAGAAGCAAACAAAGCAGGUAAGAUACCCUUUAACAGCUCCCAAAUGUAAUCAUUUAUCUUAAUCAUAAAUUAGAUAUUUGUUGCCUUUGGAGAUGUUGCAGCUAAUUUUGAAAUUGAAGUGGCUAGUUCAUGUCCAGAUUUGUUGCAAAAAUAAAAAAUAUACAUUUACAAAAAUGUGCAGAAAUAUUUCAUAAUCCCUAAAACAUUUUUCAUUGGCUGUAGAACUGGCUCUGUGGCAAAUCUUCAAAUCAAAAUGCACAGCACAAAACCAGGUCAAUAAAACGUUUUCAAAAUAGGUCAUAACCCAUUCCUCACAAAUGUUUUACCUUACUCUAAAAUACACCUCCUUUGAAUAUGUUUUUAUGUAUGUAUAUCUUUGUUUAAUGGAAAAGUGUACAUUGUUUUCAAUAGAACCCAGUGCAGAAACAAAAUGAAUGAGCAGAUGGAACAGUGUGAAGAAAAGCUACGGAGGGCAAGAGGGAAAGAUCCCAAUCAGGAUCUGAUCAAAUCGGACCAAUCUAAGGUAUAUUUAUUGUAGAGUGUGUAGGGAACUGCACUCACUCCCAUCAAACGGAGCCAGGGUGCUUUAACUAUACCGGAACCAAACACCAGAUUCCCAAGUAGUAGAAUAAAGGAAAAAAGGUCCAGGCACUCCUUGGUUCAAGAUAGGCACAGCAACGUUUCGACCAUGUAGGUCUUUAUCAAGCUUGAUAAAGACCUAGAUGGUUGAAACGUUGCUGUGGUUCUCAUAAAGUGCCUAUCUUGAACCAAGGAGUGCCUGGACCUUUUUUCCUUUAUUCUAAGGUAAAUGUAUUGACAUUUUGAAUGAUCUAAAAUAUAGCAUUUAGUUAGUAUGAACAUACACACCUCUAAUAAAGUGAUAAAACUCUGUAACUAUGUACAAUUACCUGUUAGUUAUGGCUAAAAAGAAUAAAUUUCAAAUACUAACAUUAUUUCCAGGUAACAAGCCUUAGCUAAAAAAGCUAGUUCAUUUUUGUCAGCUUGAUAUUAAUUGUAGUGGCCAAGUGGUUGUUGAAUUGACAAGAACUUUGUUAUUCAGUCGUCUGUUUAGAACAGGGACGUAUUAGCCGCGAGGCAAACAAGGCAGUUGCCUUGGGCAGCAUUUUUCAGGGGGCGGCAAAAAACGCCGCCCCCAAAUGCCCAGGGCAAAUGCCUUGUUAGCCUUGCGGCUAACUGACAGGCCGGGCGGGCAGCUGGCGAGGGAGCGCUUCCUCUGAGCGGUCUGCUCAGCACCCUCGCGCGCCGCAGAGUGAGGUUGGGAGCCGGAAUAUGACAUCAUAUUCCGCCUCCCAGCCUCACUCUGCGGCGCACGAGGGAGCGGAGCACACCGCUCAGAGGAAGAGCUCCCCUGCGCGCCCAGUAGCCAGCCCAUCAGCCCGACCGGCAGCCACUGGACCACCAGGAAGAGAGAGGACCCCCCCACCCAGCAUUCCCAAAGGUGUUAAAUUAAAAAAAGUGUUAAUGUGAGUGAUUGUGUGUGUUUGUGUCUGACUGUGUGUCUGUGUUUGACUGUGUGUGUGUGUCUGACUGUGUGUGUGUAUUUAGAAGGUGGGGUAGGGGGGAAGGGUUGGGUGGGGGUGGUGCGGGGGAGGGGGUGCCUGAGUUUUGUCCUGCCUAGGGCAGCACAAAACCAGGAUACACCACUGGUUUAGAAAUAAUGAAUCUGAAAAGCACUUAAACAACCAGUUGGCCGAGGGGCGCGGUCUGCGGCUGAGCAAGCUGGACGUGUCCGGAUAGAGCUCUGCUGAGACCACGGUGCCAACAGCCUACAACAGCCGAGAAACACCAGCAAAUCUGAAGAUAUUUACAGGAGAACCAAGAUGGAUAAACGGGCCCUGAGAAAACAGGCCAAAAAAUCGACAGAACCAGGUACCACGGUGACGGAGCUGUUUGCGCCCUCCCGCGCCAUGCAACUGAGCACACAAGAUGGCGGACGAGACGGCCCGCGGACACCACGCUCACCCUCAAGUCCGGGGAGCGGUAUCUCCACGGGUGUUCCGGAGACCAAUACCAGCCAGAUACUGUCUAAGCUAGCUGAAGUGCGCACCUAACUGGCCACGGAGAUCGCCAGAAACACUGCUGAGGUCAAAACGGAAAUACAGGCCUUGGGGGUCAGGACGGCAACUCUGGAAUAGCGGGUGGAGUCCACGGUAGUGGCCCACAAUGAAGCUGCAGCGCAAAUAAACCACUUGACGUCCCAAUUAUUACACGCCGAAUCCGCAAUUGAUGACCUCAGCAACAGAUCGUGGCGAAACAACUUACGCCUCCGCUGCCUACCGGAGCAGGAGGGGGAAGGGUCUCUUAUAAAGGUGGUGCUGAGCAUAUUUAGGCCGCUUCUCCCCGAUAUACCGGAACAUCUCUGGCACACUGAACGGGCCCAUAGGGCGCUCCGAGCCCGGCCAAUGGAUGACAGGCGGCCGAGAGACGUGAUUAUCCGGUUCUUAUACUGCCAAACAAAGGAGGCCAUAAUGAAACGUGGCAGAAAUGACAUAAUUGUAUAUAAAGGGGCAGAACGUGCCCUGUACCAGGACCUAACACCGGCUACGCUGCAGAGGCGGCGCAAGUGGCGCCCUGUCACCGAACUGCUUCAGCAACAUGCCAUUAUCCGGUACCCUUUUUGAAGGAGCUGGGCAUACCAGUUCCGGAGGAUCUGGCAGUUCAGGCUGCACCGGUGGGAGUCCUGAGUCCUCUACCUCGCGACUGGUUCAAGGCGGGCCAGUGACGACGUCGGCUCCUGUUAUGAUGCACUGGAUUGGAUGUCCGUGGCUCCGGGCGGUCAGGUUCUCAGAGGGGGCUAUUGUUUGGGAAGGUGGUCCCGGGGGGUUUCCUUUUCUCCCAUUUUGGGGUUCAUGGCUCCCUCCCCCUCCCCCCCUUAAGGUUUUGUCUACUUCUAUCACUCCUAACACUUCAUUCUUCUCUAUUCUGACCGACACUUACAUUUCGACCAUAACAAAUGCAAGGGCAUUACCUUUCAUAUGAUGAGUCACCGGAGGUAUUAACAUUAAACUGGUAACGCUAAAAGCUGAGCUAGUUAUCUCGAUUGCUACGAUCUCACCAGAGCACUAUAUAGGUCGACAAACCUAGGCACUGGAUGUUAGGGUCCUGCUCACAUUGGUUGGUCAGUUUCUCACUGUUUUACCCUUUAUCAAAAAACCUGGCGGGGCACCACUGAUAUACUGACUACUGCAGUUGACACACAACAGUCUACUGCACUAUGUUGAAGUUUGUUUCUAUAAAAACGCACGCUUGUUCACCUCGUGCGAACUUGGAUAUGUCUUCAGAAUACUAUUUAUAACCCUGUUGUAAUGUAUGAUUUCAUGUGGUGUCUUGCCUUGGAAUAAAUAAAGAAUGAGAAAAAAAAAAAAAAAAACAACCAGUUGGCCGAAAAUAGACCUAAUCUGUGUUAUGUAAUAGCUGCGUACUUCAGUGAUGACGUUCUGUAAAGUCAUCCCUAAACAACCUUUGAAAGAGCAGACACGGAUAAAAAUAUGUUCUCACAACACUGAUGGAAAGUGCAGACAAAAUUGUGUGUAAUUCAUCAUAAACACACAGAGAACAUGCAAAAUAAGUCCAGUUAAAAACUUUAAUGUGAAAAUGCUAAUAAUUAAACAGGAAAAUAUACAUGGGACUAUUCAUGUACUUCAUCAAAGGAACGUUGAAACGUUUUAUAUUGGAAGCUCUCUCACAUUAGUUUAAUUUAUUAUAUACAUUAUCUUCAUCUCUUCCACGUUUUAUCUCUGUGCUUUGAUACGCCCUUCUCAAUCUUGGCUACUGCCUCCUUGCUAAAUGAUGGAAAUGUGUCCUAUUACUGCUUUCUUCUCGAUUAAUCCUUCAUCACACUUGAACCACGACUUGUCUUAAAACUGAAAUAGAAUGUUCAUGGUGAUGUCACAGUGGCAAAAUGAUGUGCAGAUGAUAUUUGAGAAAUUUGUAGAAAUCGAUUUUUAAAGCCUGUUUUCACAGUGACCAGCAAAACACUUCUGUACUCAAUAUAACUUGUAAACAAUUACGUGUUAGCCUAGGUGUGACUAUUCAUAUUGUUAAGAGUAUUAAUAUAAAAGUUCAAUUCAGUUCAAAGUCUCCUAAUGCUCUUCAGCAUACUGAAGUACUUUAGGGGUUAAUCAGAUGCUCCUGCAGGCUCAUUUCAUAAGUGCGCCAAUUUCAAGAGAAAUCCACACUUUUAUAAAUCCCCCUUAGUGUUGUCAAGCAAACAAUGUCCUACCUUGCCAAGUUUGCACUAUAAUUCAGAGCAGAAGUGAAUGCUUCUCACAAAGAACAAUUGGUUUCUAUGCUUCUCCUAGAGAUGUAUUGUUUGUGAAUUACAAUGAAGUAUUUUUACCCACGAGGAGCAUCUGUUAGGACAAAAGUCAUCGGUAAUGAUGACUUCACAACAGGUGGAUCGGAGCUGGAGUGAGGAGAUUCUUCAGGGGUUCUAAUAAAUGUUAGUUUGAUUUUAACACUUUCAUUGCUGAAAUUAGAAUGUUCCAUUUGAGUACAAUUUUAAGUAUUAAUUUCCAGGCAGGUGAAAUGUCAAAACUCUCAGAUACACAAAUGAGAGUUGUUCAACUCUGUCUCAGGAUACAAUAUGUCUAUAAUAUGGGUUUGUUUAAUGUACAUUGGGCGCAUUUUAUGUUGUUUUACAUUUUCACCCAGCCAACAAUCCCAAAUCCAGAUGUUGACAAAAAAGACAACAAUAUAAAGGCGAUCCCACAGGAAAUUGAAGACAAUGCAAUUCACGAUGUCAAUAAACAAGUAGAGGAUGUCAAAGUUGAGCCUCCAAACAGUGAUGGUAUGUUCCAAUUCUAUUUCCUUGUGUAAAAGUUAUUUAAGAUAUUACUUUUUUUGAAGCAGGUUCCUCUUGUUUUUGUCUGGGUGUCAAUUAAAGGCACAGUCCUGGCACUCACUAAUGUAAUUGUGUGUUAGAUGCUGAUUAUUAUUUUGGGUGUCAUUUUUGUAUAGAUUUUCUUAAUUUUUUUUUUUUCAUUUUAAUAUGUUAUUCUCCAAAAUCCCACACCUUUUCUGACACAUCUGUUUGACAACAUGCUGAUAUAAUACUACGGGCAUGAAGGUUGUAGAAGUUUGUAGUUCGGCUCUCAGCUUGUUGACGUAGAGACCUGACAGCUGUACAGCAUCUCCAAAUAAUACAUAUGGGAGCAUCAGCAUUGGUUGAGCAAUUUUCUGAUUUGAAAGCUCACUGAGUAGGAGUUCGCAACAGUUCAAAGAAUGUUAUUGAGAUGUUCUGUUAUUUUCUUUAAACUUACAUUAAAGAUAGAGCAUAUUACAUUAUAAACCAGUUUAGAAAAGGCAGAGCCAGGGCAAACAUUGAAUCCUUACAUCAUUUCUCCUCUUGUCUGUAUGUUUUCUCUAUGCUCACUACCAGGUGCAAAGGACAGAGCUGUCUGGGAUCUGGGGCACAGGAAGUGUGGCGCAUGUUCACCCACUGCUCAAGCCUCUAACCAUGGUCAUAGACGUCCAUUAAUGCAAUAUGAGACCAUUUACCAAAUUAUGACAUAUGAUGUCACAUCUCUGUGCUGAGGAAGUAGUGAAACUGAAAUGCAUAGUGGGUGUAUGGAAUAAAUACAGCUCAUGCUCCAGCUGCUGGACCAUCAAGGAUCCAGGCCAGCAGAUGAAGUUCUCAGUUUGUGUGAGCCUGUGCGUAUUAAUCCGUGUUAGUCUGCAUCUGACUGUAUAAAUAUAUAAUUCAUCAUUUCAGCUGCAAAUGGCUUGUCUCAGAAUGUAGUGUAGAUGUGUGCUUUUUAUAUAUUUUCUUAAAGGGAUUCUGUAGUGUAAAGAAUGCAAAGUUGUAUUCCUUACACUAACUAUAGCUCCCUCUGAGCCCCCGGCAUGUAAAGGGUUAAUAAACCCUUUUUUAACUCACCCAUCUGAAAGAGGUGGGGGGGGCACAAUGUGUCAGUGCGGAGAGUGCUUUAGGUCCACUAUAUAGGAAAGCACUGUUCUAAUGCUUUCCUAUGGGGAUUUAACUAUGCUGGAUGUCCUCAUGCAGAGCGUGAGGACAUCCAGCUACAGUUAGGCGACCAAAGGUCGCCUAGAAAGCAGGAAGUGCCUCUAGUGGCUGUCUGACAGUCACUAGAGGAGGUCUUAGUCCUGCAAUGUAAUUAUUUGUAAUUAUUUACAUUGCAGAACUAAGGGAGACAGGAACAUUGCACCCAGACUACUUCAAUGAGCUGGUGUGGUCUGGGUGCCUGUGGUGUACCUUUAAAGUACAGUGUUUAAAAAAAUAAAAACAGAAUUGCAUGAAAUACUCUCUAAUAGAUAAACUACCAGUGCACCUUUACAAAUAUUUCUUACCACAGACUCCACAAAUGCUAUGGGUGGCCCUGCCAGUAACGGCAGUGUAACUGAAUUCCUUUAUUUACAGAAAACGGAAUUGCAGGAAAAGGAAUCCUUGACCUCUCCAAUAAAAACCAUGCCCCAAUCCAUGAAGAUCCCAAGCAAAACAAAGAGAAUGAAGUACAAGAGGAUCAGGCACAAAACGCUCCAGUACAAAAUGAGAAAAAUAAGGCAGAAGAUGCACCCCUGCAAAAUAAGGAGAAUAAAGUAGAAGGUGUAGCAGUUGAAAAUGAGGAUACGUUGGAAGAAGCACUAGACGCAGAAAAGGAGUAUAAUGAGGAGCUAAAGAAAGAUGUCCAAAACAAGGCAGCGCAAAAAGAAGCACAAAAUGUGGAAGUGGAACGAGAGGAACUGCUAAAUAUGGAAGAUCAGUCAGAAGAUAAAGGUGGGCAUAUAUGUUGUUUGACACUUGAAACAUAUGUGUAGUAACUAACUUAGAACCUUUUACCAAAGUAAUUAUCAGGGCUUUUGUAGGCAUUCUGUGUUGUUGUUUUUUCUGAAAAUGUGCUUAGAACAUGGGUUUCUUAUGACUUUGUUGUCUACAAAAGCAGACUCUCAAGUACUUCUAUGUAGGAGUUUUUUUAUGCUGUUCAGAAGAUAAAAAAGAAAAUAAUCUAAACAAAUAUUUUGAGAACUAUUUUCACGUAUAGUACUUGUAGGUAAGCAUUGAGGUUUAAUAUCUAAAUCAAAAGAACAUUAUUUAAAAAUCUGCUUUUAUUUUGGGAAUUAAAGAGACACUAUAGGAACCCAAACCACUUAAUCUCAAUGAGGUGAUCUGGAUGCCAUGCCUCUAUAGUUGCACCCUUUAAGUAAAAACAUUGCUGCAGAAAUGGUAAUGUUUACAUUGCAAGGUUUAACCUCUUAAGGACACAUGAUGCUGACCUUUUACUUCUGAAGCUGUGGCGUUAAGGGGUUAAAUGUCUCUAGUGGCUGUCAAUCUGAUCAUCACUAGAGGCGUCUUGGCUGUUUCAAUCAGUUGGUCUCAUAUCUGAAGAUGGGUGGAGGCAAGGAAGCAGGAUGACUACUUAGAGAGCAGCCUGGUGUGGGAGAGAAUGUAAUACAAAUUUGUGUUUGUUUGUAAUGCGAUAGUGUUCCUUUAAGCCUGGAUAAUAUAUGAUCUGCAACAAAACUAUAUGUAUUUUGUGAUAUAAUAUUACCUAUUGGUGACUUUGUGAUGUCUAAUCCAUCAAUCAGUCAAUACCAGCAGACGUCUUAAGAUGAGGACUUUUCAAAAGUGUUAGACAUCCUGAAGAACAAACCAAAAGUUAAAGCCCCAAAUAUAUCCACAAAUGUCCGGAUAUUAAAUGUACCAACGUGGUAGCAAAAUAAAUAUCUUUAUUCCAAAUGAUACACCUCUAUUAAUGUCCAAAUCAGUAAAGUGUUGUGACUCCCUCAACCUUCCAAGUCUCUGCAAAUCAAGAAUUUGUUCUGCCUGGUAUUUAUCAUUUCUGUUGCCUUUUUUUUGGCUUUCUGUUUAAGGUAGAUGUGUGUGCUAGUGUUUCCUUUGGCACAGGUGUAUUAUUACAAUCCACCCAUGCCAGGCUUAUCUGUACCUUUAUCACCUACAUUAUAUUUUGUUUAAUUUACCAACAGUCAUUCUCUCCAUUUUCAAGUAUAAAUUCCAAACAGUGAAUGCUGACUAAACCAACAAAAUUGCAACAUUUGCUAAGUAUAGUUUUUUUUGUUUUGUUUUUCCACAGAACCAAACCAGAUUGGAAACAAUGAUGGUAAAGAUGCACAGAAUGAUUAUAAUGGAGAUGAGGGCAAUGUAGCUGAGCCAGAGGCAGACAAGCAAGCACAACUGGAAAACAAUCAGAACUUAAUCGGUAGGUUUGCCAUGUCUCUUACAUCUUUUGCUUAGCUCGAGGGCUUGCUGAUCAGCCAGUACGUGUGCUAGUUUCCAUUUUGGUUGCUAAACUGGUGAUUGAUGACUGUGACUCCAUGCUUGCAAUUACCUUAUCCAAGGGAUAAAAAAAUGUCGGCUAUUUGAAUUACAAUGUUCUUUAAUACUUUAAUACUUUUUUUUUUUUUUUUUUACAACUUUCUUUACUGUGGAAUAAAACUAAGACCUAUUGUUAACCAUCUUACAGAUAAUACAUCUUGCCUUUGAUCUUGUACUAAUUUACGUCACAAGUGGGCUGGUAUUUAAUUGUUAAAGGGACACUAUAGGCACCCAGACAACUUUAGCUCAUUGAAGUGGUUUGGGUGCAUAGACCCAGAUCCCUUAACACUGCAAAGGUAAUUAUUGCAGUUUUUAAUAACUCUAGUGAAUAACCAUCCAGACUUUUGGGUGGGUAGGCAAUUUUUGAUCGUCUAACUGUUGAAAGACGUCCUCGUGAUAUGCACGAGGACAUCCAGCGUCAUGUAAAACCACAUUGGAAAACAUUAUACAUGCUUUCCUAUGGGGGAAAUACUAACACGAGCGGAUGCAGAACCUGAUCAGCACUAAGAGACAUCGGCAAUGGAAUCAGGUAAGUGACAGAAGGGAUUUUAAACAACUUUGUUUUGCUAGCACCGUAGUUUCCCUUUUUGCUGUGUGGACACAAAAUAUGUUAUUGAAGACUCUGACAGGGUUAUCUUCUAAACUAGGAACUGUAGAAAAUUGACAUGGGAAUUGCCAAUUUAAAGCCAAAAUAGCAGAUAGCUUUAAAAUAAAUAAAUAAAUAAUAAAAAAAAUCUGCGUAUCAACUUGUCAGUUCUGCACAAUUGCCAGUUUAUAGAAUGUCCUAUGGGGGUGACAAAUGGUGGAUAUGUUGAUACUGUCACCUGUGUACCAAAGGUUGGUGAAUCCUAGGUGUAGAUCAUACAAUACAUUAACAUGGUUAACAAUAUUCAAGGCAAUGAGUGCUCAUCCAUACAGUACAAUUAGUACUUGCGAACAAUAAUUUCAUUUGUCUUCACAUUUUAGAUCGUAAAGCAAUGGAUAAUAAAAAAUUUGUCCAAGAAGGAGACGACAACAGCGAUCCAAAUCUAAAAAAAUAAACUAUUUCAAACACUUGUGAGAAACAUGAAUUGUUCUCAGUCAACUGACUGAACAAUGCCUUUAAAGAAAGGGCCACUGUCUAUGGGACCAGAUGAAGUAGAAAAUGCACGCUCCAGCAAAACUUGAAGACAAAUCUCAAUCCCUUUUAUUCAAGAGAUUUCUUUUAUCCACAAAACACCUUGCAGCUUUAUUUCCAGCUUUAAAAAAGACUUAAUUAUAGAAAAAUGUAACAUUCAUUUGACUAUUUUUAAAUCAUUAACUAGAAUGUGUGAGAUUAUUUUUAGUGAAUGUAGGCUUUUAAAAAAAACAAACAAAAAAAACUGCAGUGCAAUUUUAUAGUAAAAAAUAUAUGUACAGGACGGGGUCUGUUGUAAUAAAUGUAUCUUUACAGAUUAAAUAACAUUAAAUACAUUCAGAGCAGUUGAAAAUCUAAAUAUUCCCAUUAAUAUUUCAAGAGACUAACUUUUUAGGUUUAAUUGGGUUAGGUAAUCAUGCAGAUCUUACACUUCCAUUUGUGAGGUAAUAUAAACUUGCUUUCCUUCUUGUUUAAUGACUCGGUUUUUAAUUACUUAACUUAUUUUAGAAACUGGUAACAUCUAAUCGACUGGUUUCAGACAAAUUUAAUUUGUUUUUGCUUUACCCAUGUAGUAUUCUUUGUAGGAGAACUAUUGUUCCAGAUAAAAGCCAUGAGUCCAAUUUAAUUGGAUCACUCAAGUAACACAGUGCUUUAAUAUGUAAUUGUAUUUAAUGGUUUAAGAAAUAGGCAAAAGCCAUGUCCUACUUCUAGUAUAAACUGGAAUAGGACAAAGUGACGUAUGUGACAUAAUUCUCUUAAACAUUGCUAUGAUAUUGUCUAGUCUCAUUUCUCUACCUUGUCAAGAACACACAAAAAUGUAAAUUAGAUGGACACAUAUUUUACUUCUAUAAUAUACUUGGAAAGUGGAAACAAUGAAAAAUUUAGUGCUUUUAAUGAUUUAGAAUGAAUUACAGUAAAAUUGACUGAACACAGUGUAUAUAUAUACAUAUUUAAGAAUGUAUUUUGGUGUGAUUGUACACUGCACUUUCAAUUUAGUCAAGAUCUUCAUAACAACUCUUGAGUAUGACACACUUUUUGUUACUUUGUAGGGAAUUAGAAACCAUGGUCCACCAGCUGUAAUUGACCCCCAAGAGGUGAAUAACCAAAGAUUAGGCAAGGGUUUGUCCAAUAUAGAUCACCUAGAACUCACUUAUCCACCACUAAGUUUUCUGGAAAGGUUUAUGGAUAUUCUAGCUCACUAACAGCUAGAGAACGGUUUAUAACAGUAGGGAACAGUGAAGAAUCGGCAGUGGCAUUUCAAACAGUUAGUAAUAUUAGUGAGAACGCUGAAAACACACACACACACACACAUCUCUCUCUCUCUCUCUGUGCCUUAAAAAAAUAAAACCAAUUAAAAUAGCCUUUUUUAGUAGAUUAAAAAUAAAUUGUUACUUUGAGAAUGUCACUAUCAUCUGUAGACCAGAGGCAGGAUUUUUCUAUUGUUAAUUGAUUAGAUAAAAUAAAAAUAACUUAUUGACUCUUACAAACAAAUUCACGAUGCAAUUUCUACAUAUAAAAUGCUAAUCACAGAGGUGGAUGUUUUAUAACAUUUGCAAGAAACAUGCAGAUAUCUGGUACAUUCGUUUGAUGUAUUUUUUUGCAUUCUAACAUUUUCUAUUUCAUCUGAUUGUAAAAUUAAUGUCAGAAUGUUUUGCCAAACAUUUGAUACCUUAGCAUGCUUUGCAUAAAUGUUACAAAAAAAAAAAAAAACAAUCCUCAAUCACUACAUAGUCUAAGCUUUUAAUUUUAUUUAUGAGGCGCAAGAAAUUGGAUAUUUUUCUUGGGAUUGGUACUGUUUGUAUCCACUUAGCUUAAAUUGUACAUUAGAAGUUCUGUUUUAAUUUAUGUCAUUUGUUUUGAAUUUUCUGAACAUAUUUGAUUACAUUUCUUCAAAAACUAUUUUGUGUUUUGUUCUGUGUCUCCUCAGAUUUAUAAUGUACAUUUCAUUUUGCCUAUGAAGCGGAAUUUAUUUAUUUUUUAUUUUUUUUAAAUACGUAUGUCCAUUUUACAUUUUAAGUAGUCUGCUUACAGGAAAUAUUGUUACAAAAACGACAACCUUUGACCUCCACCACAAUAUGAAAUAUGUCAAAAUUUAUAAUAUAAACAGCUAUCCACAGAUGAAGAGUAAAAAUUCUUAAAGCGGGUACAUUGAGAGAAAGAACCAAAGUCUUGCUCAGAUGCUAACUCUCUAAAAAACCAUACGUAAAAUAAAUAACAAAAAAUAGGGGUAUAGAGUUACAAUUGUUAAAAAAAAUAGUCUUUAAUGUUUAGGCACUAAAAUAGUCUAUGAUGGUAUAAGACACUUAAUACUAAUCUGUGAACCAGUGAUACAAAAAAUAAAAAUAAACAGUGAAAAAAUGUGCAAGCUUUCCACAGAUCACUUCCCAGGUAGUAAUCUUGACACAACCAUAAAUAUAUACAACACAAAAUCUAAUAAACCUGAUAUAGUCUAAAAGAAAAUACAUAAACAAAACAUAAUGUAAUACAAUAAGGUAAAACAAAAACCGCACUCACUGCGAUAGAUAGCACUCACAAGAGUAUAAAAUUAAAAGAGCUCCGAUGUAGUUGGGGGGGCUAUAAUCCCCUUCUCAGAUCUGUAGCCACCACUGUUAGUCAGGAACCAACCAGGACUCUGAAUAGUUGGUAACCUGAAAAGCUUUUUAUUGUAGAAAUAAAAUAAAUAAAACCGUAAAAUAAAACUGGUCCCAAACAAUACUGUUGUAAGUUAUUUUUCAUUUCCAACAUAAAUGCUAAAUUAGGAAUAUUUAGAACUCAUGAGGUUGACAUUUGUAACACUUUUGUGUUCCUGGCAUCCGGCAACCAAAUCUCAGCUGUGGUGGGUUUCCAACUCUGCCUUUUGGUGACAUAGUGAUGCACAGACAAAACAGGCAGAUUGUAGACGUUAACCAACACUGGACGUACAAAUAAAACACAUGGGACCUGAGCUCCACACACCUUCUCAUUUAAAAGCAGCUCUCUGUUAUUAAGCCAGUGCUGUCACAUGCAGAUGAUUCUGGCUGUUUUGCACUCUGCUUGCUGUUUGAUUUUAUUUUUUGGUACCUGACUUCGCUGAUCUUUGGAUUUUUUUACUGAACCUGCACUGCCUGCUCUGAACUCUGAAAUGUCUGACCUCUAUUUUCCCGUCAAAAGGUGCUGCUUCUCUUCAGAAUUCUGGUUCAUUUACCAGAUAAUAAACUUGCUUAAAUUCCUAUGGCAUGAUAUUUAACCCCACACCCACACAAAUUUGUGUUUUGUGAGGCUUGAAAAAUAAAAUGCAGACAUUAACACAUCUUGAUCCUUUAACUAGUCGUCUCCAUGUUAGCUCCCUGUCAAUCAUUGUUAUAAACCUUGUCCUUUGCACCUGGCAGUCAGCAGAGAAAAAAAACAUACAGAGAAUAGGAAAUGUGCAAUAAAAUAUUGCAAAUCACCUAUAAAUUGUGAUAACCUUUUUGUGUGAUGCCCUGUUUGUUUGUUUUUUUAUUUAGCAAAUUAUGUCAUAAUCAAGUUCACUCCAGUUGCAGACAGGGCACACUGAGGAAGAGAAACAAAUAUUGUUUCAUUCCACCUCUCUGUAAUCGUAAUUGACAAGGAGCUAAGAUGGAGGCACCAGGUAGAGAUGUAUGGAGUUCUACAUUGAAUGUCCUUUGCACACACCAUCACACCCAAGUAAGCAUACUAUUAAAAAUAUGGGUUAUGAGGGUUCCCUUUAGCUUCAAAUUGAAUCUAAAUGUAAGGCAUACGGAUGGCCAACUCCUGUUGGCCACAGUAAUGCCAGCACCAGUGGCGCACAUACCGCGGUCGCAGGGGUGGCAGCUGCAACCAGGCCCGGACCCCUGCGACAGGGUACCCUCCCAUCUUUUGCGGCCCCGGCCCGCACGGUAAACCGCCGGGGGCGCCGUCCAAGGUGUCUAUCUGGUGGCCCAUGCUUUCAGGGCCACCCGAUGGAGAUGGAUUGUCAGAAGGCAUGGUCAGCGCUGGGUGCUUUAGCAGCGUGAUCGGGCCCCCUGUGAUGACAUCACACGCUGGGAGGAAGUGACUGCCCAUCACUCCUCCCAGCUAACACACAGAGUCCGCGUGGGAGGAGGCAGAGGGCAUCAGAGUGGGUACUCUGACUCCCAGCCACCACUGGACCCCAGGGAAAGUCACCCUCCUGCACCUAAAAGGUAAGAAACAGGAGGGUGACUUAAACAUUGUGUGUGUGCCUGUCUGUAUGUAUAUAUGUAUGUCGUGUGUGUGUCUGUCUGUAUGUGUGCCUGCCUGUUUGUAUGUAUGUAUGUGUGUGUUUCUAUGUAUGUAUAUGAGUUUGAAUCUGUCGGGGGGAGGGAGUGGGGAGGAAGAGGUUUUACACCGGGGCCCCAUAGAUUGUGUGUACGCCACUUGCCAGCACUAGGGCUGGAAAGGGCUAAACCCAAAUGUUCAUAUUGCAGUUAGUUACCACGUGAUCACAAAGUAAAAUGUUGGCAGUCCCAGUGGAAUCACCAUUGAACAAUGAGUACUGGAAUCACAUUUAUGAUACUGGUAAAUUACAUAAAAGCUUUUAAGGAAACUUAUAAUUCAGUCAUACUAGAUAAAUAUUUGCAGAGGCACUCUAUUUGUGCACCAGUGGUGAGAACUUAUUUCAGGGGAGUGUCAUUGCAUUGAAACAUCAUUUUUAUUUUUUUUCUGGAUUGUUAUUUUUUCUAAGCUUUGAAUUGUGGUCAGUUGAAAACAGAACAUGCUAAUGUUAGGCCGUAAAAGCUGACAGAAAAAUAAUCUCAAACACUGUUAUAUUCUAAAUCUGAUGGUACGGAUCCACAAUUUCACUAUUUGCUAUUACCUGUCAACAUUUCCAAUUUUUAUUUUUUUUACCAUGUACUACCUGCUGAUUUAUACCCUCUAAAACAGGAUUGGCCAAAAGGUUAAAUAAAAGAUUUUGUCGAAGAAACAUCUGACUGAAGCUUUGCCAACCUUAAAAAAGCAAAGCAUCAUGGGAAUUUAUUUUAGCAUUGAUCUACCUUUUGGUCAUCCCUGUUUUUUUUUAACAGUUUGCUGACACUGCCCUUUUAUCUUAUUUAUAUUGUUUUAUAUAUAUUUUGUGUUUUAUAGUAUAUACAUGCAAUGGAAUCCGAUAUUUUGCAAGUUAACAGUACAGGCUAACAUUUUCUAAAUAGUACAUCAUAAAUCAGGUAAACAUAAUGAAACAGUGUAUGCCAAAAAAUUCUAAAUUGUGCUUGUGGUGUUAGAGCUUUACUGAGCUCAUUGAGACAAUUUGGAGGGAGAAUGUUUGAGUCACAAUGUAACUUUGUCAAUGUCUAUAAAAGACUGCCUCUGUCUAAAUGGACAUACAUCACCUCCCAAUUUUUUUUAAGCCCUUAAGGACUGAACUGUUUUGGCCAUGUUGUAUGUUAAGGACCAGGGCUGUUUUAACACUUUUGUGGUGCAUGUUUUCAGCUGUAACUUUCCUCUCUCUCAUUUACUGUUCCCAUACAAAUUAUAUAUAUGUUUUUUCCGGACAAGAAGGGCUUUCUUUACAUACCAUUAUUUGUAUCAUG